AUGCAGGUACAUAAUGGGGCUUGUAAGGGGAGGAAGCCAGGCCGGUGCAAUUGGGUCAGAAGAAGAAAAGACACCAGGAACGCAGAAGUCAAAAGCUGGAGCCCGGAGAUUAGCGUUCCGAGCAGCGCGAGAUGACAGAACGCAGAUUUCCAGAUACUGCUGCAUAAUAAAAGGGUUUCCCUUCACACAGGUCAAGGUUCGGAGCUGCUGUUCCCAUUGGUCCUUGGGUUGCACGUGAUAAAAAAAAAAUCCCAGGGACUGGUUUGCGGAGUGAGCCUGCGCGGCUUAAUCGGUGGUUUUGGGUUCGCGUUGCUUCUUCUGCAGCAGCAGCAGCGGCUGGAGGGGGCGGGCUCUCGGGUUUCCUUGGCGACUUGAAGUGCCAAGGAAGGGAGGGCUGGAGGCGGCAGGAUUGCUCUCUUGCCAUGGGCAGCAGUGCUCGGCCGCCGCCGCCGCCAACGGGCUAAGAGCGGGGCUGGCGGAAGGCCGGGCUGGGCGAGGCGGCAAGAACAGGUAAGGCUUGAGAAGGAAGUGCAGGUGCUCCGAAGCAGCUGCGGCGCUUGUGCGGGGCCCAGCGAGGAGGGGAAGGGGAGGCACCCGCGAAUGUCGCUGGUGGCACGGGCAGGGGUGGCUGCUCCGCCGCCGCCACGCUUCCUUCUCCUUCCCUGCCCGCUCUCCGAUCGCUUUGUUUCAAGGCAGCCCUUUACUCUCUACCCACACUCUUCCCCUUCACCCUCUCCACUGGUGCGCUUACUGCGGGGGGGGGGGGCACAGCCCAUGACUUGGUGGGGGGAUGCCAAUUCCCCCCCAAAGACACACACAUAUGCACCCUUCCUCCAUUGCAGGGAUACUCCAGUCUGUGGCUGUUGCAAUGGACGGGGGGGGGGGGCGGUGCAAGGUUGCCAAAUGUUGCUUAUCUUAGUCAAGAGCUUCUCUUUUUCCUUCCUUAAAAAAAGUCCUGGCCGCCAGGUAUCUGAUGGGUUCCCUUCUAUUUUAAUGCAUCUCUUCGGACAAUAGGUUUCCUUUGUGGCUGAGGGCAUGUUUCGAUGUGGCCAGUGGUAACUUUCGUUUUGGGGCUUUUGAAUUUUUGCAUGGACGACGUAACCGCAUCGAUCGUGUUUGCAUUUACGUAGAAGGAGUUUCUCUCCCGCCCCAACCCUCCGCCUCUUGAUCCUGUGGUCGCUGCUGUCUCUCUGGUACAUUACUAGCCUUGAGAUACAGGGUCCUUGCUAGGCGGCUGAUACUCUAGGCUGGCAUCAACUCCCCCGCGUCUGUCUCUCGGCAUCAGGCGGCAGGAGCUGGAGGGACGGCACUGAUAGUAAUUAGCCUUAGCAGCGCCCAAGUUGCGUGCAGAGGGGAAACAGUGCAUGAGUCUCAUUAACCAGGCAGCAGAAUCCAGCUACCAAGUGUGGGAGAGGACUUCAGGAUACGUAGUAAACAAGCUUCACUGGAAGCCUUUUGUCAGGAAUGCAGCUGUUUCUUGAGCUUUUAUUUUUGGACAACUGCUCAAAAAUGUGUUUUUUUAUUGUCACUGUCAUUUUUCUUAGUCUCCAUGCUACAUUUUUACUUUGGUCUCCUCUGGCACUUAGGAAGACACACACCCCAGCCCAGUUCAGUGUGAACUAGUGGUUCCUACUGGGUAAAUUUGCUUUGGCUUUCUGCCACAGACAGGUCAAAGAAAAUGGUAGGGAUUAGGACCAUGGGAGCCUCAUACUCAGCUUUGAGGUCUAGUCUUCAGCACUACAGGAUUGUCUGUCAGCACUGUCAGUCCAAUAUGAGCAGGGGCCAGUUGCCUGCAAUGAAUUGGGGUGGGCUGACACUUGCCUCCUCAGACCCAAGUUUGAUUCAGUCUGCUGCAGGUUAAGGUGGUGCUUGCUGAAGGAAACCUAUGGGACCUUAAUCUUACAAAACUUGUAUGCUGAGCUCUGGGGCCAGACUCAACACAUUUGAACUAUGAGGGUGUCUUUUGUUUUUAUCAUAACUUCGUGAGGUAGGUUAGGUUGAAAGGUAGUGACUUGUGUAAGGCUGAGUAGGGAUUCUAAGCUAUUUUCUUAGGCCGAAGCCCAACAUUUUAUCUCCUGCAUCAUGCUGCCUCAGACAUUUGAGUUUGUUUUUAACCUGGAUUUUGAAUAAUUAAGGCAUAUGAUCACCUUGAUUAUAUCUGGUGUUGUAUAAGAGACACAUCCAGUAUUUUGAGAUUAUUUGAACUGAUAAAGCGUCACACUGGCAAGCCCUGUUGUUUAAUUUUCUCCUGUGUUGUGCAGUAAUUUACAAGCUAUUGACAAGCUGUUUUAAAUUGCAGUCUUUUCCAUCAUACAAAUUUAAUGUGUUCUUCUGCACCUAUUACCUACUGCUGUCUCUUCUAGAAACCACAUUCUCAUAAUGUAUUAUUUGUUAUAGAGGUGUUAUGCAUAUGAAAAAGUAUACAUGUCUCUACUCACAGGCUAUAAUAAAGUGUUGAAAUCACAUUAGCAGCUUUCUACAGUAAAAUUUUUCUUGGAUAACUUUAAUGGGAUUGUUCAAAAGAUGAGCUGUAAGUUUGACUACUCAAAGUCCUGUAAUGAUAGUUCUGUUAUAUUCAUAAUUUUUACCUUAAUGAGUUCUAGCACAUGUACCUUUAUAGUUCUAGCACAUGUAAAAGGUAAAGGGCCCCUGGUUGGUUAAGUCCCAUCAAAGGCAACUAGCUUCUCAGUGAUGGUGGAUGAGAAAGAUGAGGAUUCUGCUUUAUUGUUAAUUGUACUGCAGACAAGCUAAGCUGGAAAAAAGGGAAGCCUCCUAAUGUUUGUGUUAUAAACUGUUAAUGGAUUUCCCCUCCUAUUAAGCUGAAGUUAGUGUUUCUAGUUUAUUCUUCCCAUCACAAUGUUUUUGCAGAAUCUUGGGUAGAGAUCUUUGAACAACCAGCUCAAAGGCUACUUUUAAGCUAACCUCAGGAGUUUCCAUUACAUCCUAGUCUAUUUAAAUCUUGAAAGAUCUUUGAAUCUAAAUUCUGACUUGGAAGUUAAAGUUGUUGCAGAAUGCAGUUUAACAGAAAAGGUAAAAAUGCACUUUAAAUAGCAUGUGUAGAAAGGCAAUGCGCAGUACUGUGUAGCAUUUUAUUUAUAGAAUCAUAGGCUUGGAAGGUACACCAGGGGUCAUCUAGUCCAACCCCUUGCAAUGCAGGAAUCUCAGCUAAAGCAUCCAUGACAGAUGGCCAGCCAACCUCUGCUUAAAAACCUCCAAAGGACAACCUCCUGAGGGAAUCUGUUCCAUUGUUGAACAGCUCUUACUGUCAGAAAGUUUUAUUUGAGUCUGUUUUGCCUAGUAGGAAUUAUGAAAUGGAAGUACAUUUCAUUAUAUAGCAAACAAUUAAAUAAAACAACCUGAAGUAGCCCCACCAUACAGUAAAUGAUAAAAAGAAGAUAUUUAAAUGGGGUGGUGGGGGGAGGAAUGCUAGUGUUUCAAGUCAAAUAACUUUUGCUGUUGGUACUGGAAGUCAGGUAUCAAAAUAAGUAACUACUGAUGUUGAAUGUACAAGGGAGAAACACAAAUGUGCAACUGAAAGUUGUAUAUAGUUUGUUUGGUACAUGCAAACUCCCAAUUUCCUCUUGCAGAAGGUAGGUGAGCUACAUAAGGAUAUGAAAGAAGUAACCUCUCACCUCAUCACUUAUAGCAAGUACACUGUAUGCGCUUUUACCCGAGGUCAAAAUGUGUGGCUGGCCAGAUGCACUUUGCAGGAGAGAGCAAUCCACAAUAUGGGGACCACCACAGAAAAUGCCCUCUCAUGCACUGGAACCCCAUGAACUUGGCAGCAAGUCUUCUCCUGCAGUUCUCACCUGGCCAGGUUUAUAUGGGAAGAGGCAUUCAGUCACAUAUUUGGAUGUCAACAUAAGCAGUAAACCAGGGAUGGGGAAUCUGUGGUUUCUGGACUACAACUCCCACCAUCCCUGACCAUUGGCCAUCCUGGCAGAGGCUGUGGUGGAUGUCCAGCUCCAUCUGGAGGGCCACAGGUUUCCCAUCCCUGGACUUAACCACAAUAUAACAUGAGGUACAAAUUGGGCUAUGUCCAUCUCUGAGGCUAAUAUAGCAGUUUUGUCAUAACUGUAUUAGGACAUCAUUUUCUAAUGAAAAGCUACACUGAGAUUAUUUUUAGGAGUGUGAAAACUAAACUUGAGAUUUCCGUGACGUUGGUAUGAUGGCUUUGUCUUCUGAAGCUGAUGAAUGUUCAUUCAGAGCUGUUUCUAUCUUGUCCAAUGUUUUUAAAUUUUGUUUUAAAAAGCAUACUGAAGAUUAUACAAAUUGAAUUAAUUGUUUAGCAUAUAAUUAUAUACAUAUGCCCAAUACAGAUCUAUAGUAUCCAGUGCUAAUAAACACGUCAUGUGGCAAUGAAUGAAGGUGCCACCUCUUCAGAACAUCUCAGAGCUGCCCUAUACUGACUCAGACCACUGGUCCAUUUAGCCCAGUAUUGCUUCCCUCACUGCAGCAGCUCUCUAGAUUCCCCCCCUCCUUGCUACCUGCAGCCCUUUAACAAAAAUUCCAGGGAUUAAAGUGGCACCUCAUGCAUACAAAACCUGAGUUCUACAGAAACUCAAGCUACAUGAUAGCUUGCAAGCCUUUUUGGUUAAGCCGGGGUUAUCUGUAUUCACAUAUAAAGAGGGCUAGUGGCCCAAGCAAAAGGGGCACAUGGGUAGAUGCUUAGCCUCGCCUUGUGUUGAGGUGAGCUCUCCACAGUCUCUUUUCCAAAGUCACUGUCCUCUGCCAGUCCAAGCUAGGUUCUGAUCUUGGAUGUCUUUCCUAGCUGAAGAAAAGUGUCUUGGCAAAAAGCUGCAGCAAAGUCUCAACUUCCACUUUCUAUAUACUUCUCAUAUUCUAAGAACCGAACUCCAAAUUCCCCUGGGAAAAAUGUGAUCGGGGCAAACCCAAUUUAAGAUUGUUCCUAGUUACAUGUAGUUAGGACCCAUUAUAGUUGAGUUGCAUUGAAUGAUUUGGUUUGCUGCUUUUUGUUCUGUUUAUUGAAAGGAACAUAGCCAAACAGUUCUCUGUACUAUUUUGAUAAAUUUUGGAGGAUUUGCUUGCGCACUAUUUGGGUCGCAAGAAAAAGUGGCAAGUACUAUUACAAGUUUUACACUGUUACAAGUUUCUCUUGGUGAGAUACAAGAGGUUAUAGAUGCGAUUCAAAUCUCUCAUUUCAUUGUGGUUAUGGGGAAUGUAUUAGUUACCUUUUAUAAUCUCAGGGGUGUUAUACUUGGUACAGAGGAAGUUACUGUGAUUGGGUAUGUUAUGAAUUGCUAUAGUUAAAUCCUAUAUAGGUUUCACAUGUCUCAGAGGACUGAUAUGUUGCAUCCUUAAGGGUUAUUUUUUCGGCUGAGACUCAAUCUUGUGAAACAGGUUCAAGUAACUAAUAAUAAUCCUAAUAAAACAAGUGUGUCUGUGUGAGAGCCCUUGAAGCAGGGGAGAUGGGGGUUAAGGGUUGUUAAGGGUUGUUUUGAGCAAUAAUAGAAGUAGCAAUACUUAUUCUGGUAGAUUUCCUUUUAUUGAUUUUUAGUACAGGGUAGCCUUUUUCUGUCCAGAAUGGGCUAAGAAAUGGACUGUAACUGGCUGGUGUCCAGAUGAGCUGCCUUAAUAUCUUCCUGUGCCUUUAAUCAUGUUUAGAUUACUUCAGUGUGACUUAUUUAGAAAAUGUUCACUGAUGCAGAACACAUUUGGCUGCAUGUACUGUAUUGGUCUGAAUAGAAGCCUCACUUUUUUCCAGAAAUUUUGACCGUAAAAAGUUAAAGUGCUGUUUAAAUUCACGACCUUACAAAAAUUGACUUUUAUGAUAUCGCUGCUGAAACAGACAUACAGUAAAACGGAAUGGGUAUGAGUGCGUGCAGAAUUUUAAGGGAGCGGCUUAUAUUCGGGUAUAUUCCCCCCCCCCCCGGCUUAUAUUCAGGUGCGGCUUAUAUUCGGGCCAAUACAGUAUUGAAGGAGAUCUUUGCUUUGAAAUCUAUUGGUGGCACUCUGCUAAUAUUCUGAUGGAGCCUAAAAUAAUGUGUUUGACAUAUGCUAUAUAAGCUUAACUGGAUAGACAUCUAACUGCUUAAUAGGCUGUCUGUCUUCAUGUGGCAUAAUUCCAUAAAUUUGAUCAGAGGUGGGCUGAAAGGUAUUUGAAAGGAUGCUACUGGGCAAGAAGAGUCAUGAAAACGUUAUAGUUCUCUUUGAUCUAAAACUUCGUUUUAUUAUAUUUUCCCCCUUCAAAGGACUUUGGGGAGGAAGCAAUGUUGCUUUAUGGGUUCUGCUUUGAAAUGUUGGAGUAGAUGGAAAAAACUUGCUGAAGGCUGCUGUAUUUUUAAACCUGUGUAAAAUACAAAUAAACACUUUCCUUUUAUUAUCUUCAGAUGUUGGAUAGUAGUAGUAGUAUAAUGUUGGAUAGCAGUAGUCAUGUAUAUUUUUGAGUUGUGAGCCACCUCACCUAGUCUGUCUUGUCUCUCUCUUCCACCCUCCCUCCUUCAUAGGGCAUAACUUAAUUUCAUGUUGCUCUUGUGGUCGGUUAAUGCACAGCUCCAUGGGCAGGCCCUCUUUCUCUCUCUCCACAGUCUGGUUCAAGUGUUACUUGACUUGAAAAGUUAAAAUUAUAGACUCAAGUAUAUUUUAAAACUAUGAUUUAAAGUUUAAAAUAACCUAUGGUUUAUGGUUAUUUAUGCCUCACUCUUCCCCCAAGCUAUCCUUUACGUGGCAAUAAACGGCUCCCUGCACUGAAAGGCAAGUGAAAACUGUGAGGAAUAGUAGAUGCAGUUCAAUGAAUGAAUAAAUUUGCAGAAGGUUCCAAUUUGGGAAAAACUUUCCCUCAGAAAAGGUUGACCCUUGUAUUUUCCCAAGAGGUUGUUGUAUGAAGUAAUUGAAUGGAAGUCGAGGGGGCCUUGUGAUUUGAUUAACUUUGGGUGUGUAAACUGUGUAAUGUUGGAUAUUAGCAGUUUGUUUAUAUUUCUGACUUGUGAGCCACCAGCCUGGAGGUCUUAGAAUAUACUUUUUUCCCCUUCAAAAGAAUGCUGACCAUAAACCAGCUAUUGAAAUCCUGUUGGAGCCAGACUCUGUAACCCAUCAUAUUUUUUAAAUGACAGUAAGGCAAGCAGAGCCAGCUGAAGGAUCACACUCUGUUAAAUAAAUAAAGCACAAACCUUUAUAGCUUCCGUUUAAAAUACAGUAAUGCUUUAGUGUGGAGAAGACAGUGUUUAAAUUGUCUUGGGAUUUCUUGGCAGACCAGAAUCGGGGAAUAUGCACUGCCGGUAUUUACUAAGCAACCCACUGCCAUCUGUUCUUAUACCCAUCCCCAAACUUGCAUUUUGGCCUCUGUAUGGUGAUAGCACUAGGUCUGAGUAUAAUCAGCUCUAUGUGCUGCAUUGUUCUCAUACUUCUCAGUCAGACUUGGGUGCAUUAAAGUCAUUGUGUGUGGCUUGAAAUGUGUUCUUCUGCUGAAGUGAACAGGGAAACGCUUGCCGGCAGAUGAACUCACCAUAUAUUUGAGCCCCUUUGAAGAUUAGCAGUUGGUCAUGCAAGCACUCUUGUCAUCCUAGCACUAGAAAUCCACUUAAACACCUACGCACACCCACCCGCCAGGACUUCUCCUGGUUUGGAAAGCUAAGGGGACAUGCAUUGAAAAGCGUGGGAUGAACAAAUGACUAAUGGGAAGAUGUGCAAACAUCCUGCAAGCAAAUCAGGAUGGAUGUUCGUUUUCUUACAACCACCCUAGAAAGAAAUCUGAACUAAUGCUCAGUGAAGUCCAUAUGUAAUCUAAUCUUGAUGUAAUCAUUGUGCAGAGAAAUCAGGGUGAAUAUUCAGUAACGCCCCUGUACUUUGUUUUCCUAGAAUGUAGGAAAGGGUUGUUUGGGGGGCGGGGGGCGGGAGAGAGCCAUUCUUCUUCUGCCAGCAAGUAUCUGUGAGGUGUGUGCUUGGUUAGAACCACAUAUUCCAUCGUUUAACUUAUGAAGAUGCAGAAGAAAAAAACAUGUUAAAAUGGUAAAUCUGUACUCCUUUGGGAGUCAAGCAGUCAUUAAUGUUUUAUGGUUAGGAAAAAGCAUUUCCGGUGGAUCGUUGUUUUGCUAUGGUGUCUUCCUUUGCUGUUGUUGCAAUUAUGUAUGGCGGUCUAGAGUGCAGCAAAUUGGUUUGUUUCUUCCUCCUCGAUUGCCCGCCUCUCCCAGAUUAGUGGUUAUUUGGUAGCAAGAAUUGAUGUGAUUGGCCCCAUGCACAGGUUUCCAUGCUUCUCAUACCAUAAUAGUAAUGUCUUGGAGCUGGGGAGAAGUAGCUCUCAUGUUGUUUAAGUAAUAUGUACGUCCAAGACUUAUUGAGUUCAGCAGGGGACAGUUAAACAUUUGCCUAACUUGCCUAUUGUUGAUGGAUCUGAAAAGUGCUUGGCUUUGGGUGUUAUGAUGUAGAGCUUCAAACACAUUAGCCUGUUUCAGGUAAUCAUCUAAAGUCCAGAUGAUUGCAAAAGAACUGUUGCUAACCUCAGGGUUGCAUGUUUCCUGCCAAACUGUAGCCUAUUUUUACUCGAGCUAGUUAAAAUAAACCAGGGUAUCAAACUUUAUUUGUGAUAAUCUAAAUUAUGGUUUAGAUAUAUUGGCUCAGCCAGGCCACUAGCUAUCAAUCUCAUGAAUUUUCUGGGUAUUUUCUGGGUUAAGCUUUCAGCCACAUCCAUAGGCAUGGGGGGGGGGGAGGGAGGUGUCCAGGCACAGCCUAAUGUUUAAAAAGACAUUAAAGGUGACUCCAUGCCUCUGGUUAGCUUGGCAUGGGUCUUUUCUCUGCUGGAAAAGUUACCUGUUUAGACUUUUUGGCCACACUUGUGAUUGUUUUUUUUUUUAUUUUAACCAUUUUGCAUCUUUACCUCUUCGUUGUCCUUAUUUGUUUGUUUUGAUUCCCCCUUCUUCCUUCAUUGGAAUGCACACUCUAAUGAAAUGUGCUGUGCACGCCUAUGACCACAACCGUAACACUUUGCAAGUGUUCAUCUGGAAUCUAACAAGAGAUGGAAGGGGAAGAAAUAUGACAAGGAUGAAUUGCACUGGGAAAGUUAAGAACUCCUCCUCACUGGUCUAAGAUCACAUUUAACUUUUCUUUCUUUUAACAUUGCAUUGCUUUCUGAUGAACUUUCUGUCUAACUCUGAGCAUUCUUGCUAUCACUGGGUGCUGCUUGCUUCUGUACACAGAUGCAGGUGGUAGAAAGAAAUGGAAGCAGGAGAGCUAACUAUAUGGCUGAAGUGGGAUUUAAGGCUUAGGCAUUUUGUUUUAACUUCUGGAUUUUUGCUUUGUUUUGUUUUGCAGGUUUGCUGCAGGAGGGCAUACCAAUAAUUGACCUAUUUAACACUUCACAAAAUAUCAUAAAUGAGAGAGGAAGUUUAAUCUCUGGUGAGUCUUGGAUUUUGGGGGCAUUCAUUACGACAACUGUAUAUCAAUGGCAGAUCACAUUGUUAGAAAAUUUCAGAGAACAAGGCAGUGUAUCAGUAGCAAAUAAAUUGUAAUUUUUUGGAAAUUAAGUAUGGAGUCAUCCAGUAAAACUGGGUUGAUUUAAGUGGCCUCAAAAAGUAGUAAUGGUGUUGCUUCAGCUCCUGCAAGCUAGUUAUUUCUUUAACGUUCUCUCUCUUUCUCUCUCUUUUAAAUAUGUAGCUCAGACAUGAGCAGUGAUAGUAACUCACUGGCACGUGAAUUUUUGUCAGAUGUCAGCCAACUUUGCAAUGCAGUGGACCAAAGGGUGGAGGCCAGGGAGGAGGAAGAGGAAAAAACACACAUAGCCGCACUGGGGCAAUACCUUAUCCAAGGUCGUGGAUUCAUUUUGCUUACGAAACUUAAUUCCAUACUUGAUCAGGUAAUACUUUCUUUUUCAUAACAACUGUAAUAGAUUUGGCUUGAUACCCACCUUGCAUUUUAAAGUGGCAAGGUAGCUGUUUUUAAAAAAAUGUCAGACCUUCAGUUACAAUGUUGGUUUUGGCAUGUGUGUAGAUGAAAUGCUAGUUUAACUUUCUAAAUGAAUUUAUUUUACCAUCGGCAGUUAAAUUAUAAAAACCAGCCUUUUAAUUGCUUCUUGCCUCAUGCCAUGCUGCUCCAAACCAGCAGAAGUGAUUUGUUUUUUUUGUUGAAUAAUACUCUUCUUCUAGGAGCGAGGAAUUAUUUCAGCUUGGAAAGUUUUAUUACAAGGAUAUGCUAAAUACCUACAUGCCUUUAGAUUGGUUUGCGGCCUUUUAAGCCUGACUCUCACUUGGCUGAAUUUAAAACUUAAAUCAUGCUGUUGGUGUGUCACACUACAGAAAUAAAUGUUGGAGGCUUUGGGAAAGGUAUUAAAAUGAAAGCAAAGAAGCUUUAAACCAAAUGUUUUGAAUCUGUGGUGGAUAACAGUUUCUAUCUUUCCGUAAAGAUACAGAAUAUAAGCAAGCCUUUGUUUCCUAAACAGGAACUGACCUGUCGCGAAGACCUUCUUACUCUCCUCCUCUCCCUUCUGCCACUAGUAUGGAAAAUACCUGUACAAGAAGAAAAGGCAUUAGGUACAUGUUCUUUACACACAUGAAGAAAUGCCUCUUCAUUAUUUAAGAUAUAUACUUGGAUAUUUGUUAUGAAUUUUGGUCAUGUCUUUGAGGGUUGUAGCCAACAUGGCGCUACGUGAACAUUCUGUGAGUGCAAGGAUUUCCUUCCCCUCUCUUCCUCCUGCACACUCCCUAAAUAUGUUUUGCAGGUUCUCCCAACCCCCUGGAGCCAGGUUUGUGGAAGGCACAGUAGGAGGAGAGGGGGUGGGAAAUGCCCCAUUGUGCAAGCAAAAACCCCUGCACUAACAGGAUGCUUAAAUGGGAAACUGCCCUGAAUUUUCCAUAUCUCAUAUGCAAAGUGGUAAAAUCUUAGUUGUUUAUUUUUCUAUGCACAUAAAUAGCAUUAUUUUUCUGCAGAUUAUGUAUGUAUAACUGCAGACUCUUAUGAGCAAUGUCACAGAGUAGAACAGUUGAAAUCAAUGGGUUGUGUUCAGUGACGUCCAUGUAAGAGCAGAACAGAGCAGCGGGUCUUCUCCUUCCCUCUGCAUUGCCCUGAAUCUGUUCUGGAGGGUUUGGAUAUCCCCUCCAAAGCAGAUCUGAAUAGGAGUAUAGGGUGCUGCAUAGGAGAGGAAGGAUAAUUCUGCUGCACAAGUGGAUUUCUGCUUAUAGUACAUUGGAAUCAAUUAAGUGGACUUAGGAUUGGAUAUCGCCCUAAAUCUUCCUGUAUGCACUUUUUUAAAGUGCAUGAAUAACCUGCACUGCAGCUAGGGCACUGAUUCAGGGAGCAUCUCUAGCAUAGAACAUUCAAGGACCUGAAAAUAUUUGCAUGUAUACGUAUCAAAUGUGAGAGUACAAUUGUAUAAUGGUGCAUUGGGAGUGAGUUCUGUACAUCCUCUCCACUUUGUGUAGGACCUAGGUGAUGGUGCACAAACAUAACUGGGACCUGCCUAUCUAUGUAGGCCACAGUUCAUCUUAAAGAUUCUUGGUGUAGUUGCUGAGGCCAUAUGAGCCCAAGACUUGCAUGUAUAACUUUGUACUCCUGGAUCAUGUUUAGACUGGCUCUGAGGCUCCAUAGUUGAAAUCAUCUAACUGUAAUUUUUGACUCCCGACAGAUUUUAAUCUGCCCUUCUGUGUUGAUAUAUGCUUGACCAAAGAGGCAACUCCAGGUUCUCUCAAAUCUACUCAGGAAAAAGAAGAUCUAGAAGAAAAUCCUCAUCUGUCUGCCCAGGUGUCUGUAAAAUUAAGCUCCCGGAAAAGUAGACGGCAGCGCAAAACUACUCAUCGCUAUUCUGUGAGGGAUGCAAGGAAAUCCCAGCUAUCCACCUCUGAUUCAGAAGGCAAUUCAGAUGAGAAGACGGCUGUGAUUAUGAAGCACAGGAGGUCCCAAAUCCUGCAGCCUUUUCUAACAAACCCACCUAAGGAACAAUACAUUACAGGGAAAGGCAGCUUUCUAGAAGUUGGAGAAGUCCAGAGUUGUAAUCUCAGUAGGGAGCAUCUAGGUGACGCUGAACAGGUUAUUCCAGUGAAAAAAAUCAGUUCUGAGACUUCAGAGGAGCCUGCUUCACCACCUGUCAGCUGCCAGGACAAUUCUCCCUUUGACUUGUGUCAUGUCUUACUAUCGUUGCUCGAAAAAAUAUGCAAGUUUGAUAUUUCUGUGAAUCACAAGUCAGCGCUGGCAGCAAAUGUGGUGUGCACACUAACGGAACUUUUGUCCAAACUUGGAGACUGCUACAGUGCAAGCAGUACUACUGAAAAUGAAGCUGUUUCCUCAAGCUGGGCAGAGGAAUCAGUUGCCCUGGCUCAGAGGAUGCUCUUUAGGACAGUCUUGCACCUGAUGGCUGUGGAUGUCAACAACGCUGAGACCAUGCCUGGCAACUUAAGAAAAAAUCUAAUUGAUUUGCUUAGAGCAGCUUUAAAAACUAAAUGUUUGCUGGAAAAAACAUAUGAGCCUUUUGCUUCUGGGCAAAAGGGAGCUUUACAGAAGGGAAUUCAUGGCAGCCUCGCCGUCUCAAGAUACCGCCACAGAGCCCUUCUUUUGCCGGAGUUUAUAGAAGGAGUUCUGCAGAUCCUGAUCUGCUGCCUUCAGAGUGCCGCCUCCAAUCCAAUUUAUUUUAGUCAAGCAAUGGAUCUCGCUCAUGAGUUCAUACAGCAUCAGGGAUUCAGACUGUUUGAAACCACUGUGCUGCAGAUGGAAUGGCUGGUGGCGAGGGAAACUGAGAUAAAAUCAGAAGCAUCGGAAUACCUCUCAGCCCUCAUUAACAGCAUCAUGAAAAUAAUCAGCACCAUCAAAAAAGUGAAGUCGGAGCAACUUCAUCAGUCUGUGUGCACCAGAAAGCGGCACAGGCGAUGUGAGUACUCUCACUUCAUGCAUCACCACAGAGACCUCUCAGGGCUCCCGGUUUCUACUUUUAAAAACCAAGUCUCCAAGAACCCAUUUGAAGAAACGCUGGAUGGGGAAGUUCAUUAUCCUGACCGGUGCUGCUGCGUCGCUGUCUGUGCUCACCAGUGUUUGCGGCUGCUGGAACUGGUUUCACUUAACAGCACAUGUUUUCAGAUCUUGUCUGGUGUCCAUAAUGUGGGUAUAUGUUGUUGCAUGGAUCCCAGGUCUGUAAUCACCCCCUUGCUUCAUUCUUUCAGAUCACAAGUAUUGAAAAACUUUCAGCCACAUAUAUUAAGCAUCCUUAAUAAGUUUAUAUUGGACCAACUGGGAGGAGCGCAGGUCUCUCAAAAACUCACACAGGCCUCCUGCAACAUUUGUACCAUUGACUGUGAUCAGCUUGCUGAACUGGAUGAUGUCUUGCAUGGGAAUGCCACUGACGUUUCCCCAUCAAGUUCUUCAACUCCCUAUAGGUUUCAAGGAAUUUUGCCUAGCAGAGGGUCUGAAGACAUGUUGUUGAAGUGGGAUGCCUUGGAGGCGUACCAAAGCCUUGUUUUUGAAGAGGACGACAAACUGCGCUGCAUGCAGAUAGCCAGCCAUGUUUGCAAUUUGAUUCAGAAAGGCAACGAAGUCAUUCAGUGGAAACUGUACAAUUAUAUAUUCAGCCCAGUGCUCCAGAGAGGUGUUGAACUGGCCCAUAACUCUCAACAACUAGGCGUUACUACAGCCAUCAGCCAGGCAGGCAGCUACCACAAAUGGAGUUUGCCUCAGGAAGUGCUUCAAAUCUAUUUGCAGACUCUGCCUGCGCUGUUUAAAUCCAGGUAUGUUAAUUUUCUUAAUUGUUGGGGAAUUGGGCUUGAUCAGAGACUCAUAGACAAGGCUGGGCAGCAGGGAAUUUGGUGCAGGAACAGUGGUGGGACUGCUGGAUUGGCACUUAACCUCCCUACACUUUCUUCCCUGACAGCCUCCCUCUCAGUAAGCACAAUAAUCAUAGAAUCAUGUUUGCUGACAGGAGGUCAGGUGUGUGGCACACACCCUCAGUACCAGCUGCCCCUGGCAGAGGUACACAAUUGGAUACAACCCACAGUAUGCUAAUUAUUUGGGUUCCUUUUCUUUCUAAUUGGUUUUCUGCUUUUCUCCACAGAAUAGUAAGAGAGUUGUUCAUAAGCUGCAAUGGAAUAAAUCAAAUGACUGAAUUGCAUUACUUGGACUCUGUAAGAAGUUAUUCUUUGAAAGUGUUUGAAACAUUAAUAUUUUGCCUUGGAGACCAGCAGACGGACCAAGUGAUUCCAGACUUAGAUGUCUUAGACAAUGAGCAAAAGAAGUCUGCGUUAGAAUUAGGUGCUUUGGUUCAUAGGCAGCAAGUAGCUUCAGAUGUGCCUCAAAGCCUGACCAAAUUUUAUGCUGGGCUCAAAGAAGUCUAUCCAAAGAAGAAGAAAUCAGUCAGUCAAGAUGUUCACGUCAACAUGAUAAACAUAUUUCUCUGUGUUGCUUUCUUAUGUGUGAGUAAGGAAGCAGAGGCUGAUCGAGAUUCCACUAAUGAUUCUGAGGAUACUUCAGGUUAUGAUAGCACAGCUAGUGAACCUUUGAGCCACAGGCUCCCAUGUCUCUCACCGGAAAGUCUCUCUUUGCCUUCUUUGGAACAUAUCCAUAGGGCAGCAGACAUUUGGUCGAUGUGCCGCUGGAUCUAUUUGUGCAGCUCAGUUUUCCAAAGACAGUUCCAUAGACUUGGUGGCUUUGAAGUAUGUCAUAAAUUGAUAGCCAUGAUUAUUCAGAAACUUGCCAAAAAAGGAGCCAAGGAACAAGGCGAGCAGGAGAAGCCUGUUGAAAUGAGUAAUGAGAGAGGGCAGUCAGAUCAGGAUAGUCUUGACGAAAAUCUUGACGGUGUAGGACAACCUGAAUGCCUUUCGUGUGACCAUUCAAGAGUGGAACAAAAUUCAGCUGAUGGCACUGCAACGUUGAAAAGAGCUUUCAUGCAGGAAAACGAGUGGUCGCUCCAGGGUAUAAGACUCUUGGAAGCUCUGCUAGCUAUUUGUUUACACAGUGCAAAUAAUUUCCAGCAGAAGUCAGAAAUGGAGUCUCUUCCCCAGGUAACCUGCCAUGAAAUAAUUACAUUCAUAUUGUCAUUUAAAAACCGUUUUAGAGGUAGGAAGGAAAACAACUACUGUUCUGGAUUUUAAAGUCACAUCUUACUUUCUAGAUGGCAAGCUGAACUUCCAAUUAAAUUUAGUCAAAUUGCAACAUUUUAAAUGGUACACAGCGGACGGUUCCAUUGAAGGAAAACAAGCUGUUGCAGGAAUAAGUAAUUGGGCAUAAAGUGUGAAAUGCAUCUCCAUAGAGAGAUCUGGACACAGUGUUCAGCCUGAGGAAAUGUAGUGAAAGUAACCUAAAGAUUAGGUGCAUUGAGACUUAUUCACAUGACACAUUUCUUCUUGUUUUGUAUUAUCUUGCCGCUUUUAAGGCUUGAGUGUUGUAAUUGGGUGUGUUUUUCAUUUAGGUUUUCGAACCAUGUAUAAUGUUUUACUAUGUAUUUAUACAGAGUCCUUUAAAAGAGGCCCCGUGGGUACAGAAUACACAUGUUCCGCUGGGCCUCUUUUAAAAGACUCACCCUGUAUAUGCUGGAAGCUACCCAGAGUGACUGGGGCAACCCAGUCAGAUGGGCAGGGUAGAAAUAAUAAAUUUAUUGCUAUUAUUAUUAUUAACCAAAUAUAUAUUGUGUGAAAUCUACCGAGAAAUUAGAACUGUUCAGAGGAAAUCAUAGUGAUGUAUAACAUGCAAAAAAGCACAUUAUUUAUUAAUUUCAUAAAAUCUAUAUACUGCUUGGUUGUAAAAACAAAACAAAGAAGACCCUCAAAGCAAAUAUGCUUAGUUCUUGAUGUUGUGAUGUUAGCAAUUGUGAGAAGGCCAGGAAUUUAAAUAGUGAAGAAACUAUAAUUGCUUUUAGUACCAUUUUAUUUAACCACUACAAGCUUGUAAGCAUAUUUCUCCCCCCCCCAACUUGAAUGUAGAAUGUGUGUGCAGAAGAUAUAUUACUUGAAAUGCGGGACCAUCUUACAAAAUCUAGAAUAAUGGAGACUGACUUGGUGAAGCCUUUAUUUGAUUCUUUGCUUCGAGUUGCUUUGGGAACCUAUUUUGCUGAUCUUGAUCAUUCUGAAGAGAAGAAAGAAAAGGUAUAAUUAGAUAAAAAUGCAUGUUUUGUAUUGCCUGCUUGCUUGUCUGAUAGCCUAAUUUAUGUCCUCGUGAUAUGUUACGGAACAUUAAUAAGUGUUAUAUUUGUACCAUCAGUCAUCAGAAACAGUAGGCUCUUUACAAACAGAUAGCAGAUGGGUCAGAAUUAGAAAAAUCUCUCAUAGGGCAUAGCGAAGGAGUGACUUGACGGGCAUAAGAAUAAAGGAUUUGCUUUCUCCUGUAUCAAACCUCUGGGCAUGGAAAAUAUAGGAACUAACAUAAGAACAGCCCUGCUCAAUCAGGACAAAGGCUUAUCAAGUCCAGCAUUUUGCUUUCCCACAAUGAUUAAGGAGGCGGCAAUAGGAAGCUCACAUGCAGGAGACAAGGGCUAUUGCUGUUGUCUCCCACCAUUGGCAUUCUGAUGCUGGAGGUGACCCAUAGCCAUCAUGGCUUGGAGCCUUAUCUUCUGUGAAUUUUACAAAUCCCCCUUUAAAGUAAUCUAAGAUGGUAACCAUCACUACAUAAUUCCGUAGUUUAGCUAUGUGCUAUUUAUCUUGAAUCUUCCAACCUUCAUCUUCAUUUGAUGGCCCUGGGUAUGAGUGAGGAAGUAAAAUAUCUCUUUACCCACUUUCUCUACAACAUGCGUUAUUAUAGACACCUUCACCCCUUACUCACCUUUUUUUGUAAAUAGAAAAGCCACAAAUAUUGUAAUCUUUCCUCAAAGGGAAGUUACUCCAGUCACCUUUUUUGUGCAAGUUUCUUUUCCUUUUUCUUCUGUUCCUUUUCUCAUUUGGGCACAAGACAUCCAUUUUCUGAAGGAAGCCUUAUUGUCUUAAAUAGAUUCCUUGUCUCUGCUCAUUAGCCAUGCUGACAUCUUCUUGAACUUGGUUCUAUCUUUCCUAAUCUGUGGUGUGCAUUAUAGCUGAGUGUCUAUUGUUGUGGUUUUAAAUUGCCCUGAAGCUGUCUGGAGAGAUUCAACUCUCAACUUCUUCUCCUUCUUCUUCUUUUUCUCCUUCUUCUUCUUCUUCUUCUUCUUCUUCUUUUUCCCCCUAAUUUUUUUUGGAAGUUCUGAAAAGCAGAACUUGAGGACAGCUGGAAGGUCUGCCUUCUGUUGACUGCAAGAAAGUGGGCAAGUGAGGGAGCUUCAUAAGUUGUGGGCCAGGAUGUCUAUGUGGACUUGAACAUGAAGACAUUUGGGUUUUGUGUAUCUAGUUUAUUUGCUGAAUGCAGUUUUCUUGGAACUUCUUUGGAUAACUUCAUGGUCCGUCUUGUUCUUUCUGCUCUUGUAUGUAACUUCUACACUCUGCACAACAGUUAAACAGUAUUCCAAGUGCCAAGAUGACAGAACAGCUAGCAUCCAUAACGAUUGAAGUAAGGGGAUGUGUCAGAUCAUGUCUAUUUGAAAAUACCUGCCUGUGGUCAAAUAUUCUAUGAAGCCCAGAAUCUUCUGCAGGUUUUUAAUGGAUGAGCUUAAACAUAUAAAAUAUGCAUGUCACAGAUCCAGCAGUCUGAAAAGGAACCUGCACCUCAGGCUGGUGAUAUAUCUGAAGAAGCUGAAGAAUCCCAGUGCUGUGGCUUUACAUUUUUUGCUGAAGAAGAAGGCUAUGAUGCAGACAGUGAAAGCAAUCCUGAUGACAGUGAAAGCAAGGAUGAAGGUAAGUCUGAACUUAAUUUCAUGUGAUGCACCCAUGGUUUUCUCAGAUACAUCUUGGUUUACGUUCCAGCAGCAUUCACAUAUGUGUAGACUCACCAGGCAUAGUAGUUUUCCAGCUCUGGUGGUUGAAUCAUGAUUUGAUGGUGAAUCUUUAAAUACAGUGGUCCAGUUCACAUGUCAUGGUAAAACAUAGUUAACAGUUUACCAUGAUCGUUCUGAUCUCUGCUCCUCCCCUUCAGUGCAUGGGAAAAUGGACCACAAUUCAUGUACAGUAUUAGCAUUAUGUCUGUACUGGGCAUUGUGGUUUGUUUCACUCCAAACCACUAUCAGCAAGCCAAGUACAAACCUUGGCUAUUGAUCAUCAUCUGUUUGAAGGAGAAAAACCCACAGUCUCCAGUUCAAACGUUAACACUAAGCCAGUGAUCGUGUUUCUUUCUCCAGUAUAGUAGCAGGAAAGAACAAAGCGGGCGAGAUUGUCACACUCAUGGUAAACCAUUAAAUAUGGUUACCAUGAUGUAAGAAUACUGGAACCCUGUGGGCUUAUUUGUUCUGACAACUUGUACAGAUGAAUCUGUAUUGGUUUUUGGCUGGCUGUCAUCUUAAAGUCACAUUUGCUGCUUAUUUUCACUCAUGUUUUGUAGUCUGCUUGCCUGAGUCAGGAGAGGAGGAGCAUGUUGGCAGCAUUGCCUAUGAUCUGCAAAAUUUAAAAAUAUUACUACUGAAUCACAGCAGUUGCUGCUGCUGUAUUCCUCUGGUUCCAGAUUUCUUAUAAACUUGUGAAAUGAGUAGACAAGUUAUAACUCUUGCUUUUUUUUGCGCUUUGUAGGUUAUGAUUUUCCUUAAGCAGGAUGGCACAAAAGUGUCUGCAUGCAGUAGUGGUGGUGAGGCAUAAGCACAUCAGUAAAUAGAAAGAUUAAAAAAAUGGAUUAUUGUAGUGUAUAUGCUUGUCAAUCUGCAACCCACUGCCCGAUGAGUCCCUUAGUAUAUGAACAUGCAUGGUUUACUUUGUGCAUUUCUGCGUGAUAAUUGUAUGCUUAAAAAGAUCCCGGUUGUCUGAUAACCACACCAGAUCCUUGUUAAUUAAAAGUUGGGCAGUAGGGGCAAAGCUCCACAAAAUAGGUAGGUAGAAAGGGCAGAGAGUGGCUGAAUUUCAGCAGAUAACCAUGUGCCUUCCUUUCUAGGAACAGACAUUAAGAAAGAUAAAGGAUGUUUCGGCUAUUCCAGUUUUGCCAGUGACACAGCAGAAAACCUCAUUCAAGGGGAAUUAAUAUAUCCUGAAAUCUGUAUGUUGGAAUUGCAUUUACUCUCUGCUAGCAACCCAAGCCUAGAUGUCCUUACACAUGUUUUCCAGAGCUUCUUGAAAGCAAUCAGGCUGAAGGGAAAAAAUGCAAUGUUACUUAUGCAGCAGGUAAGUGACGCCAAUUCUAUGACCUCGCACAUAUAUAGUAUACAUAUGUACUAUACAGUAGUGAUGUUUAAUAAGUUCUACAACAGGGUCCCACACAUUCACAAGUCUCUGCUCAUCUGUCCCUGAAUUACUUGGCCAGUGUAGGUGGGAUAGAAAGAUGGGAAGGUCAUAGACAAUUCAAGGAACCUUUCAAGUGCGUGAUCCCUAUUUUCUUACCUGCCCCCCCAUUGCUUUCCUCUGUUUUAGGAGAGCCAUCAGUGUUCCAAUGGCAGUAAUCUUUUCAUCAAAUCACAUCCCAGCUCAGACCUAUUUGCGUGCGCAUGAAUCAGCUUGCCUCACACUAGCAAAAGAGGCAGAGAAUACUAUUCUCAGUUGGCCUAGAACAGGCAUGUCCAAAGUCCGUUUUAGGGGCCAUGUGGCAGUAUAUGUCCUGGGGUAAAAUCCUAAAAAAAAAAAAAAGCUCAACAACUCUGGGGUAAAAUUGUAUGUUCACUUCAUUAAAUCUGUCCCUCUUUGAAAAAAAGUUGGGCACCCCUGGCCUAGAAGCAUAGGGUCUAGAAUAAAUGUGGGCGAGAACAACAGCAGAGGUGAGCAACAUGAAUGUCUCUUUUUCUGGAAAUGCUGUACGAAUGCUGGACUUAAGGACGCAGACACAAUCUCCAAGGCUUGAAGAAAACAAAAACAAGAUCUGUUCGUUGUGCAGUUCAUUAAGCACUUGUGCAUCUGUAGGCCACAUUCCCAUAUAUCUGCUCUCUAUUUGGUAGUCAUCUUAAUGUCGUUAGGAUGGUCUUCAGGUGAAGGCAAAGAGUAAGAGCACUGAGGUAACUCUGCAGUUGAGGUAAUCAACUGGGAGAGGAAGUCUGAGGGGACAGGACAAGGUCAGGCAAAGCCAGCUUAGAAGGAGGUUGGGACUAGUACUCAGCCAGCCACUAAGCUGAAGCCCAUUUUCUAAGGACAUACUUCCCUAUCACUUGGUGGGCAUUUUGCUAAUUCAAGAUGAUUAUUCAGUAUAUCAUUUUUUAUUUUAUUUCUAGGGAGCUGUAAAGAGUCUCUUGGUAGGGUUCCUCCACAUAUUGACACAGACAGAUUCCGAUUUUCAUGGUGAGUUAUAAAUAAAAGCAGUCUUUACCUUUUUGGGUACUGCUCACUUGGGCAGGUACUCUUAACUAUAAAUGUAUAGGUCUCACUGAGACAUGAGUUUAGCAUUACGUUCAUACUGGCCCCAAUGAGUGUCAAAUGCAUUCCAGAAAAUUUUAAGAUUGAAUGCUUCUCGGUUUAAAGAAAGAAGUAUAGCCAUGGUGGGCCAAUAUCCUUAAGUCAAUUUUUGUUUUGGGUCUCAAGAUUUUUGGUUGACAAUGUCUUCUGCCAGAAAUGUCUUCUUCUUAGGACAUAGAUUGAAACUAAGAAUAAUGGAGUAAGUGAAUAUUACAUCAUUAGGAUCUUGACUUCAUAGUAUGUAUCCACUAAACAGUGAUAUGAAGAGUUUGGUGACAGCCUGUCUUGAGUCACAUGGGCAAUUGUUAAUUAACAUAUUAUGUACCUAAAUAAUGUGACUUAGGAUUUUAGUAGCCUUCAUACCAUUGGAAAGACUACCAUUUAGUCUUCAUACCAUUGGAAAGUUUCUAUUUUUCUUCCUAGAAAUUUUUGUUGCUGCUUUAAUUCCACUGUGCAAAUGUUUUGAUUCUAGUUUGCUUUGAGAGGUGGUCUGAUAGUAUAUACAGUGCUACCUCGGAUUACAUACGCUUCAGGUUACAUACGCUUCAGGUUACAGACUGUGCUAACCCAGAAAUAUUACCUCGUGUUAAGAACUUUGCUUCAGCAUGAGAACAGAAAUCGUUCUCCUGCGGCGUGGUGGCAGGAGGCCCCAUUAGCUAAAGUGGUGCUUCAGGUAAAGAACAGUUUCAGGUUAAGAACGGACCUCCGGAACGAAUUAAGUACUUAACCCGAGGUACCACUGUAGUGCUGUUGCAUUGUUUAACCUAGAUAAGUAUUAAUCAGGCUAUCAUCUACUUCAGAGACACCCCCUGCUCCUGGGGACAAGGCACUUUGAGGUUUUCCCCAUAUACAAUGGGAUAGAAAUGUUAGUAGCAAAACUAUUUUAUGUUGUUGAAAUGCUUAUGUACCAGCCUGUAAGAGCUGCAUAUCGAGAUUUUUCAGGCUUUUUCUGGUGACAAUUCUGUGCAGGAUCAGUGGUUGCUCUUGAUGUUUUCCUGUGUUUUAAGAGAAAUAUUACCCAGCAAUGCAAGAACUGCUAUCAAGAUGGGGAGAGGGGUUGACCGGGUGACUUCUUGGAUUCUAGCUUCUUAUUUUAAUAACUUUGGUAGUUUUGAUAACAUUUUAAAAUGAAUGAUGCUGUUGCUUUUCAGCAUGUCAGCAGGUGCUGGUGGAUCUGCUGGUGUCACUAAUGAGUUCAAAGACCUGUUCAGAAGAGCUGACUCUUCUUUUAAGAAUCUUUUUGGAAAAAACGCCAUCUACGGUAAUUUUUUUAGAAUGAAAUGAAGUACUUUGAAGUACACUGCCAAUGUUGAUAUAGUAGCUAUUUUGAUUUUAUUUAGCAUUUUCAGAGUGAAGUGGUAUGUCAGCCCCCUAAUCAGAUUGUGUGGGUGAAGCAAGUGCCAGCUACACAUGGCUGGCAGGCAGCAAGCGAGCAAACAAGCAGGAUAGGUCAGUAGCCAAGAGGGGAAGCCAUUCCUGCCACAUCUCUCCUUCUCUCCAACAGCCUUCCAAACAAAUAAGAAUGCUAUGGGAUGGGCCUUUCUGGGUCCAGCAACCCUCUGCCCUGCUCUUAGAUCCCUCCCCCUCAAUUCCAAAAAAUUAUUAAGAGCCACAAUUGAAGGCCCAUGGGCAGCGAGUUGGCAAUCCUUGCUGCAAUGACACAUUGUCAUUACAGAUAACUAGUGUCUUGCACAGGGGUUGCCUUCUGGGGGUGGCACAUAUACACAAAAACACAUAUACUCAAACCAAUUCCUUGUAGCUGCCACCAGACAAACAAUCUUACCUUCUGGAGCUGGCACGCUAAACGGGUCUUACCACCCCCACCCACAAACAAGUCAGAGCUUAAAAGUUAUUUCUGCACUGGGGAAAACCUGGGCAAAAAGAGUUUUUAAGCUCUCUGGCUUCCAUGGAUUUAAUUCAUGUAAUUUCAACCAGGUGACCUUCAACUGUGUAAAGUUGAAGCAGCACAUGUUCAAGGUGCAUCAGUUACAAGUUACUUGUAGAAGGAUAUUGUAGAGUUGGAAAAGGUCAGAAAAGGGGCAACCAAAAUGAUCAAGGGGAUGGAGCAAUUCACCUUUGAGGAAACUGAAUAUUAGUUGUCUCAAAACAACUUUUUGAGCUGCAUCAGUUUCUUUAAAGUGAGCUAAAUGAAACUGUUAAUUCUUGCAGUUUAGGGUAUAUAGCAAUGAACAGUUACGUAGUUCCUGUCUUAUUUUCAUUUCUUUUAGAGCACGUUGCUCAAAGGAAUUCUGAAGAUUUUGGAGACAAAUACCGAGAUGAGGCCCUUACAUCAUAUGUCAUUUCCUUUGCAUCAAAUACCAAAUUCAGGAAGUAGCCCUUCGCAAAAACCAACUCUCAGUUUUGGCAGCAAAACCAUAGGACUACUAAGACGAGCAAAGUUUGCACAGACCAAGAAGGAAGCAGAGGGGGAGAGCUUGCCUCACUAUCUACUUUCUUCUUGGCAUGUUGCUCCAAUUCAUUUGCCUCUGGUUGGGCAAAACUGUUGGCCGCAUAUGUCUGAAGGUUUCAGCAUCUCGUUGUGGUUUUGUACGGAACGCAUUCAUGAAGUAGACAUUUCCUUAGAGAAAGCAAAAAGAAUGAAAAGGAGGAGCAAAUCACUGAUUUCACACGACAGCAGUUUUGAUGAUAUGGGUAAGUUGUAUUCUGUAAUACAAUGAAACUGAAUCUGUAAAGACUUUAGAAUAUAUAUAUAUAUAUAUAUAUAUAUAUAUAUAUAUAUAUAUGUAUAUAUAUGGUAUAAAAAUCAGGUCAUUCUUCUAGCUGCAUAUAGUGCCGCACAUUCAGAUGAAAGAACAUUGAUUCCAAAGAGAGUUUUUUUGAGUUGAAAGAUUCCAGCUAUAGAUAAACAUUACACAUUGCUUUUCUGCAAGGAGCUCCAAAUCACAGUAUUGUAUAUUUUUAAAAAUACUUCUAUUUAUUUAUUUUUAAAUAUAACAAGAUAAAAAAGCACUUGUCAACAAAGCAAGAAUCAAUGGAGUACAAGAAUAUGACAGUUCCAGUAAAGAGAAUUAUUGCAAAAGCCAACAUACCAUGCAUAUUUUUAUUCCACUGAAACAUAGGAGUUUGGAAUUUCAUAGAAUCGUAGAACUGUAGAGUUGGAAGGGAUCCUGAGGGUUUGCUUACCCCUGCUAUAAAUAGUUGGCUCUUGAAGUUUUCUUAGCAUGCGUGAAUCAUAAGUCACACAAUAAGCCAUUUGCUUACAACUGUAUUAUUUGUUUGAUACUUUCCAGAUCCUAGUUUAAGUUGAAGGUUUUAAGAUAUUUCCAUGUCUUAGUACCACAGAUCAGCAGGCUCUUUAGUCGUUUUCACCAGAGGCUUGAGGCUUAAAUCUGCUUCCCUCUCCUCGCUUUCUAAAUGGCUUUCUAAUAUGCAUGCAAAUCUACCUUGGCUGGGAUGCAUGCUUCUGUUUUUCCAUUUUCAAUUGUCUCCUGCAUUAAUAGUGUUAAUGACAUACAAUUUGUGAGAAAAGCUCAAGGGUGUUUUGCAUAUGAAAAACUGCAGGCAAUUCACCAUUCUUAGCUAGCUAUAAAUUUAUCAGUGGUUUUUCCUCACUCCAAGAAAUGCAAAAGGGAAACAAAAUGGACAGGAAAUUUGGGCAUGCCUGCGGUUUAUAUUUCAAAUCCAGCCAGGACUCUAGUUUCAACCAUCUUAUGGAAUGCUAGCUACAUUUUUAUACUUUAUAGAAUGCAAGGCAGUUGCGCUUGUCAGCAUCCAUUGUUUUAACUAUGUACCUGAUUUAACCGUUUUUCCAGAAGAAAGCAAAGCUGGAAUUGAUCACCUCAAUUUAGGAGACAAACUUCUUGAAGAUGGUUGCCUUCAUAUAUUUUCACUGGGGUCCAAAGCAUUGAUGAUCCAAGUGUGGGCGAAUGUGAACACUGGGAGUUUCACAUUUCGGUACUGUAAACUUGUUUGUACACACUGACAAAUGCAUUAUUUCUUCUUCUGUUCUAGUAGGUUUAAUGUAGGGUCCCGUUCAGGGAAUUUUAAGCACAAUACAGGCAACCACCCAUUUUCACGGGGGUUAUGUUCUGAGUUACCACACCCGUCAAUUAAAUAAUGUAUAUUUGAAUCCCCAUUGAAGAAGCCUGCAAACACCCCAUUCCACCCCUUUUUGUGAUGUUUUGGGGUUCAGUGCGAUUCAUGUGUGCACAGUUGUGUACAUAUUGAACUGCAUAAAUGGUGGGUUGCCUGUGCUACAUUAUCAGGAGAUCAUAGAAUUCUUAGUAAUGAUUCUUAUUUAUUUUUAACUAACUGCAGUCAGUCUUGUUGCUGCUUGGAGCUCAGGGAAAGAGAUGCAUAAAAUGGGUCAGAUGAUUUUUACCCAUCGUCUGUUUUAGAUCAGUUUUAAUUGGUAAUAUCAUGCUGGCAAUUGUAUUUCCCGGAGCCUAGUUGGAGAAGAAAUCUGUACAGUGUGAUAAAUAAGAUUUUCAAGACUUACAAAAGUGAACAUUAGGAAAAAAAGGAUUAAUUUACCUUAUUACUGAAGGCACAGUUGGGCCGUGUAGUAUCCUGAUAAAGAGGAAUGAAACAGGAAAAAAGUGCUCUGAGUUGCUUUGAAUAUUUUCUUGUGUUUAAAAAAAAAAAGCAGGAUAGACAAGAAACUGACUGAAAAAUUACACUGCAGCAGAGGGAUAAAACAAUAGCUGCGAACAGUUUCAAGCAUCCAUAAUAAUGCAGGUGGGGAGUUUGUGCCUACAGUUCUUGUUCUUGAAGUGAAAAGCAAACCAGGAGAACAUUUAGGUCAUUUCCGAUCCUCCUGUCACAGUGUAAUGAUGAGGAGAUAGCCAUGAACUGGAGCACUGUUGUUUAAACAGUAAUAACUAAGGGGGAGGUAUAGUGGAGAAGGAGAGGAUCCAGGCUUCAAAGAACUAUUACAGAAAAAAGGGGGAAAUGCACCAGUUAGUUGUAGGCAGAAACCUAGAAAAUGAGCGGCAGAUAGUACUUUUGUCACUAACAAACUGACAUCUCUUGGUUCAGUCUAUAAAAGCAAUGAGAAACAUGGCAAAGUCUGUACGUAUUGGAAACCCAACAGACAUAGUGUUCCAGAGUAGUAUUUUAUGCAUAAUUUUUAAAAACAUACCGCAAUUUAAAAGGAUGACAGACUGGCAUAUUCUCAUAUUUUCAUAGUAUGUGUAUGGACCCAAACGAUGAAAUGAAAGCUGGGCUAUUAGCACAAGUGGAAACACCUGAGAACACAUUCCUUGUAGGCACGUGGCAGCAUAUGGCACUGACAUACCUGCAACAGCCAGAAAGCAAGAAAAACAUCCAUGGAACACUGUCCUUAUGGAUUUCUGGUCAGAGGUAAUUCCCCAAUGUGGUAAAUGAUAGAACUAUUAUCAUUAAAGAAGCUCUAGAGGCAUUUGCCUUCUCUCUAAAUUGGAAUGUGAUGAAAUAUGGAGGAGGAGGACAAAGAAAUGCUCACAGCCAAAAUAAUGGAGUGGUUGCUUACCCAUCUGUUUCUGUUAAACUGUUGUUGCUGGAAUCCUUCAGUAUCCUUAAAUGAGCUCUUUGUACGACGUGCCAUCCUAAUUAAAGCUCCACUUGCAACCAUUAAUGCCAAUGAAAUUGCUGUGAUCGUUUUUUAUUAAUUUUAUUAAAUAUUUAUAAGCGGCCCUUUCACAUAAACAAGGCGGUGUAAAAAUGCACCAAGAUUCAUACUCGGCUGAUACUGUAUGAAAGAGCUAAUGGCAGGCAGACCUGGAAAGUGGAGGUGGCAGUGUAGAACUGGCAGUGAGAAUCUGUUCUAGGGCAAGUGGGAAGGAAAUGGUGAAGUCAGAAUACAGGUUCCCUUCUUGCUUGCUUGCAGCUGCAGCAGGCAGCCGGCUUGACUGUUGACAUGGCCUUACCAGUAAAGUUGCAUGGGGAAGAAGAGGAUGUUAAAUAACCUUCUUAAAGCACCUGCCCUAAAGAUCUUGCAUCUCUCUAGUCUCACUGUUAAGUGGAUUUAUAUAUUAUUGUUUCCCCCUUGAAGACCAUUAUAGUCUUUAUUCUUAAUAUACCAGACACAUGACUGAUACAUUUUUGCCCAUUUUGUGUGGUUCUUCAGUCUGCUUCAGUGAGAGAUGUUCCUGUUGGUCUACCAAAGAACAUCCUCAGUAUUUGCUGGGCCUGGUGUGAAGAAGCUCUAUAUUAAUUGGUUGCUUGAACUAGGGUAGGGUAGCAGCAGGAAUGGUUACUGUGGAGAUUGAGGCUGUGGGCCCAGGUGAGUGCCUUCUGUGCUAUCAGCCAUCUGGUGAUCUAGGAAUGAUAGGUGCAGCAGGUAUAUUUGAAGCACUGUCAGGGUAUCUGAAGCACCCUGUAGGGGUGUGGAACCAAUUGUAGGAGACGGCUUCAAUUUUAUUUUACACAGCUUUCAAUUUAAUUAUCACAGAAGAAGUGAAAUUACCUAUUAUAAGCCCUUUAAUUACUCUUGCUAUCCAAUUGAAAUUGUUCAGGAUAUACAAAAGCUUUCUUCUUUUUCUUAGAAAACCUGAAAUUAGUUUAGAUUAUACCCUCCCGAGGAAAACGAGCUUAUCUUCUGACAGCAACAAGACCUUCUGUAUGACUGGCCAUUAUACAUCAUCCCAAGAUGAGUAUUUGCAGUUGGCUGGAAGAUGGGACCUGGGAAAUCUGCUGCUCUUCAAUGGUAAGUUUGUUUGUUUUUGCCCUUACGUGUUGCUGGUUAUCUUGUACUAAACUGGUACCAGAUAAGAAAGAGGUUUUUAAAACUUUAUUAGUGCCGUGCCAUAGUUCUUAUACCUAAAAAAAGACAAAAGAAGAGCCUGCUAGAUCUGGCCCAAUGGCCCAUCUAAUCCGGCAUCCUGGUCUCUUAGUUGCCAGCCUGAGGCCUGUAGGAAACCUGCAAGCACAACAAACACUCUCCUUCCUGUAGUUUCCAGCGACUAGAAUUCUGUAUUUCUGUGACACUUCAGCUGCAAUCCUGGUCUCCUUUUGUUUCCUUUUUUCAUAUGUUUUGCUCCUUUAAACAUUGUUGUUGUUUUUUAAUAAGAGCUGCCUUGAAGGCAGGAUAUAAGUCUUCCUACUAAAAUAAAUAACACUGCUGCUUUCUGGAAGGUGGCUGUCAAAAGGUGACUCAAAGAGUGUUGCUGGGGGAAGAUCGCGUGUGAGGCCAUGAGCACUGUCUGAGUCAUUGUGGCGCCACAUGGAAACCACAUUGUUUCAGUUUCUUAAAUUAUGGAAGACUUUUUAUUAAGCCACUUUGAAAUAUUCUUGGGGCUGUAAACUGGAAUAGAUCUGUUUUUAACUUUAGCACCAUCGUUGAAGCAGUGUGCAACUUAGACUGUGUUGUCUGGCUUGUUCUUGCCUUGUGACAGAUACCACACAUUCAGGUCUUGUUCCUUAGAAGUAAUAAAGUAUAUUAGCCGGUGGCUCAUGAAUUUUGGCCACUGCAAAUCCAGUGAUCCUUGAAGAUACAUAUUUGCACAUUGCAUGCCAUGGGAUUUCCUGUGGCUUCACAUCUUGCGUUGCUUCUUUGAAUGCAGAUGCAGGCAUGUCAUCCACAUGUGCAGUGUAAUAUGAGAACCAAACCUAUGGGCACCUGUCUAUCACUUAUGAACUAAGAUGUUGGUGAGCUACAAUAGAAGUAUUAUUUAUUGUACAUGAGGCAGCAUAUAUUGAAACACAUGUUUUUGUUUUUGUAGGUGCAAAAAUUGGGCCAGAAGAAGCAUUUUAUCUUUAUUCUUGUGGACCAGACUUUACCUCUGUAAUGCCUUGCAAAUAUGGCAAAACAAUAAGUGAUUAUACCAAAUACAUAGAUAAAGAAAUUCUGCAAUGUGAACAAAUCAAAGAACUCCUAAUGACAAAGAGAGAAGUGGACACUGGACCUUUAACUGUAAGUUUGUAAUCCUAGUACAGUACUAAAUCUCUCUUUCUUUUUCCCAUUACAGCAUGAAAAAUGAAUGAGAAAUUGUAAGCCACAAUGCUCAGUGGUGACAUUUAUUUUAGAAGCAUAGCCUAAUUUGUCUCAGGUAUUCAGGGCAGGUAACCAAGGGUGUUUCUCUCCUACCCAAAGUCUUAUUGUCUCAGGCCUGUGUGGGGAACCAGUGACCCCUCCAGAUGUUGCUGUACUACAAUUCCAAACAUCCAUGACCAUUCUUGCUUGGGCGGAUGAGAGUUAUAGUUCAGCAACAUUUGGCUACCAGAGGCUCCCAAGCCCUGCUGUAUCUGUGAUGUGCCUGGGUCACUUGACUUGCAUUUGGUUUUAACCACACUUUCUGUGACCACAUUUUAUUGGGAAUAGCAUUUGUGCCCAGGCCAGCUCAGGCCACAUCCUGAUCUAAAAUUCAACGCGUAUGGCAGUCUUUGCUGCCACAUUAGUUCUGUUAAGGCUGCUAUUGCAAAAAACCCCACCCAAAAACAAAUUCCAAAGACCACAAAUGGAAUAGGUGGAAAGAGGGGAUAUGGCAAAAUGAAAUGCAGCGAGAUGUGAAACUAACUUAUGGUACAAAUAUCGCAAACACACUCCUCAACUUAUUCAGAUUCAUUUUGUCUCCCUGAGAAACCUUUAUUUAUUCCUAACUUAUCUCCUGUAGGUUGUCUCCUUUCUACCCUAUAACUUAACUUUGUUUUCCAUAUAUCCCAACUCAUAGUUACAUUUCUGAAAGGCUAGUAUCAUUUCAUUAAAUGCGUCGGGAUGAACUGCUGUGCCGACCAUGACAGUGGAAGCUCAAAAGAAAAGUGGUGAUUUGGGUAAAAGCUGCAAGCUCCUUUAAUGUUGUCUUGUAUUUCAGGAAAGCCUUGCUACUGUUUACACCACUUGCUGCCCUGGCCACUAUACAAUCUACGAGCCAGUAAUCAGGCUUAAAGGUCAAGCGAAAACCAUUCCUUCCCAACGACCUUUCAGCUCAAAAGAAGUACAAAGCAAUUUGCCAGAUCCUUAUUACCUGAAAAUGCUACAGCCGGCAGAAUACAAAGGUCUUCAGGGCAUACUGCAUGAGAUUGGUGGAACUGGGUCCUUUGUCUUCCUUUUUGCCAGGGUAAGAUGCUGAAAAAUUGCUUUCCCUCUUAGUGCAUUUGUCAUGGCAGACUUUCAGGUCUUUUGAUUGCUAGUAUGUGGAGAAGCAAAUAAAGUGAACUGGUGCAUGAAACCUAGGCUGCUCCCAGACAGGCACCUCAUAGGGCUGCUAAUAAGGAGCAUUGUUGUUAAUGGAGGUAUAAGGAAAAUGCUGUCAGUAAAUAAAUGUUAUUUUUCUGCUGUAAGCUAUAAGCAGAACUACAGUCAGGGAUAUUGCACCUUUUUUGUGUGUAUACCCUGCUACGUUUCAUCUACAGCAGUGUAUGUGACACAUCAGGUAUGGGUGGGGAAGCUGCAGUUUACGUGCAGUGAUUGCCCCACCCCCCAAAGGCCCAGCAAUUCUUUCAGCAUUAAUUAAAGAAUUAAAACCUAAGUACUUACUCAUUUGCUGAUUGCCCAAUACUGCCCAUAAUGAAAUCCUAACCUACCACUUCUUGCAAAGUGUUUCAAAAUUUGUUUAGGUUUGGAUGUGUAGGUUGGAAGUCUUUUAAUUAGGAAGAAAAGCAACAUGACUAAAACGGAAUUGACUGGAAAAAUAGCAGGGUCCCGUCCCCCGUCCCCCCCCCGCCCUUUUGCCAUGCCAACUCCAGGAUGGUGAAGCAAUUUGUCUGUAUGCAUAGCAAGGCUGUGGAUGUGGCAGAGGCCCCACCCUUACAUUCCCCCCACCCCGGGUUUGGAUUUUGCCCUUCAGAGACUAUGCUAUUCACAUAUUCAGGAGUACAGUGGUACUUCGGGUUACAUAAGCUUCAGGUUACAUAUGCUUCAGGUUACAGACUCCGCUAACCCAGAAAUAGUGCUUCAGGUUAAGAACUUUGCUUCAGGAUGAGAACAGAAAUCGUGCUCCGGCGGCGCAGCAGCAGCAGGAGACCCCAUUAGCUAAAGUGGUGCUUCAGGUUAAGAACAGUUUCAGGUUAAGUACGGACCUCCGAAAUGAAUUAAGUACUUAACCCGAGGUACCACUGUACUGGAUUAAAAUCACUUUAAUUAAUAAUGGGUGACAUCCAGUGGACCACUGUGAAGUCCAGGGGACUGCACGGGAGAGGAAGGGUAGUUCCAGAAUGGCCAUUUCCCAAUUUGCUUGAGGCGCUCUUGAAGCACUUGAAACACACUACAGGGGUGGCCUAAAUAGGCAUUAAAGGUAAAGGGACCCCUGACUGUUAGGUCCAGUCGCGAACGACUCUGGGGUUGCGGCACUCAUCUCGCUUUAUUGGCCAAGGCAGCUGGCGUACAGCUUCCGGGUCAUGUGGCCAGCAUGACUAAGCUGCUUCUGGUGAACCAGAGCAGCACACGGAAAUGCCAUUUACCUUCCCUCUGGAGUGGUACCUAUUAAUCUACUUGCACUUCGACGUGCUUUUGAACUGCUAGGUUGGCAGGAGCAGGAACCAAGCAAUGGGCGCUCAUCCCAUCGCGGGGAUUUGAACCGCUGACCUUCUGAUCGGCAAGUCCUAGGCUCUGUGGUUUAGACCACAGUGCCACCUGCGUCCCUUAAGUAAUAGGCAUUACUUAGUUGUUAUUCUGUCCAGUGCCUUGUUUGGUAAUAGGAUUGCACAUGGUCUAGUCUCCCUUUACAAGUCAACCCGUGCAAUAAAGGCCUAAAAUGUGCCACCAGUAGAGACCAAGAGCUUGCAGAUGAAAUAGCUCCUCCAUGAUACCUGUAACAAGAUAAUCCAUGUGGGGCAGGACAAGUAACACUGAAGUAACACUCUGUCAGACAUGCUUUAUUACUUAAGAGGCAUAUUGGCUUAUUUUUAGGUUGUGGAAAUCAGCGACUGUGAAGAAACCCAAGCUUUAGCUCUGAAAGUUAUCCUUGCCUUAACCAAGCACAAUCAGCAGAGAAUACACGAGUUAGAAAACUGCAAUGGUUAUUCCAUGAUUCAUCAGGUGUUGAUAAAGCCCAAAUGUAUUGUUGGAUUUCACAUUUUGCAGGUAAGGUGCUCUGCUGAAACCUUCUCUUUGCAUUGACUGAUCUUGGCAAAAUCGUUAGCCUGCUUUUCACAUUCACUUCUGGUUCAUAACUUCACAAAACUGAAUCUUUUUGUUAUCCCUUUGCAAGACUCUCCUUGCAGGAUGCUGCAGUGAGAAGAUGAUUCAUAUGAAUGAAAAUGGGCAGUUCAUACUAGAUGUGGAGUCUAGAGCGGUGAUUCAAGAUGUCAAGCUGUUGGAAGAGCUGCUACUUGAUUGGAAGAUAUGGUCUAAAGCCCAGGUGAUUUGCACAGAUCAGAACAUGACUGCUCCACAACUAAAUCAAAGUUAAAAUAUGGUUGUUAGCAGAAUUUAAUAUCUCUUUAUUCCCUCUAGAAAAUGUGACGUGGUUUCCAAGGUCCCUUGGACCUCUAGUGACCAAGAUAUAUCCAAGAAUACCCCCAAGCUAUGCAUUUUCUCCUUUAGAGGGUGUGCAGCCCUGUCCAGAACAAGCAGUUGGCCUGUCUUCUGAAUGUGCACUUAUAUAGAAAGGAUUUGCUUUUUAAUUCACGUAGGGGAUCUCAACCUUUUAAGGACCCACGGGUAUAUUUGAAUUGAAACUCAGGAGCACCACAAAAUACCCAUUUUACAGAAGAAAAAAAUGGCAGUGCUCGGAACCCUCCUCCAAAGUGGGCACCUCCAAGCACCCCAAAAUACAGUUCCAGCUAAACUGCAGGGUCCUCUCAAUUUUAAGAAAAAAAUGUGGAGGGGUUGUGGGGCCUGGGAGGCGCCAUAGUGCUCAAAGGUGCCCUGCUGUGAAUUGAUGCCUGUAUAGGCAGGUCAGUUACCUAUUCUUUUCAUGGUCCCCCUCGCAAACCUUUUCCUUGGUGAAAUUUCUCCAGUGGUGUUAAAACAAAUCUGUAUUCGUUGUGUAAAUGCUUUCAUUGCUAUACCAGUAUCAAUAUAUCUAUAGCCAAGGAUUUUAAGAGCACGUUGGAAGAGGUAAACAUUCUGCAAUAUAUCCUCCCUGCUUUGUGAAGAGAACCGGGGCAGGAGGCAGAAGAUGCAGUUGUCACCUGUACCUGUGUUUAGGAAAUAGUUAAAAGUGCAGAAAAGCCCCAUCCUCCUGAACAAUCUUCAUAAUUCUUAAUGGUUAUUAGACAAGUUUGACCACAAAAAACAGCCUCAGUAGGAGCAUAUGCAAACUUCUGAUUCACAAUCAUUUUCAGGUCUGAAUUCAGGUUCAAAUGUUGGACUGGUGCUAAUAGUACUUUAGAGGGAAGCCUAACAAAUAUUUUGCUGCUGUCUAGAUGUAAAAUGUAAGUCCUGCAUGCAUUUGCGACUGCUGUUAUGCUAAGCGCACAGGAUGUUUUUCAUUGACAUCCCACUAACAAUCUAGAUUUCUGAAGUUUUGGGUUGCCUUGCUGGCUACAGUUUUUUUUAUUCUCCCAGCAUUGCCAAUACACUUUUGAUGGCAACUUGCUUCUAACUUUAUUUUCAUUUUUUGUGUGCCUAACACUACUUCUCUUUUUGCAGCCAGGUGUUUGGGAAACACUCUUAUCAGCUCUGGAAGUCCUUAUCCAUGAUGAUCAUUGGCAGCAGACGUUUAACAUUAAGCAGCUCCUCAAAGCUCAAGUUGUGCAUCACUUCCUUCUCACAUGCCAGGUUCUGCAGGUAAGGCACCACAACCUUUGUUUUGAAUGUUUCAGGUUCUUGUCUGUAAGAGUGAACAUGUAGAUGAUGGUUCACAGCAUCUGACUCACACUCCCCCUCUUUCUCCAGCCCUAUUAAUAAAGAUAUUACAUAUAGUGAUGAUUUUGAACAGAAACUGUUGAAUAGUGAAAGCCGUCCGGCUUUCCCAACUUCCACUGAUGCCACUAACUGAUUUAUGAUGAUUUUAGUUAGAUCUGCAAAUGCCAUAAGUCCUAUUUAACUGUUAUAACUCAACCCCUGAUAUCAGGCAGCUUUUGCUGGUGUUCUGGUGUAACAUUUGCAACAGAUAGCCCUUUCUACCAGUGGAGUCUUUCUGUGCUACUUAGAACCCCAGUACUCCAGAGUGCUUAAUCAAAUGGGAACCUUCAUAAUUAGAAAAGGCUCUCCUGCUAUAGAAGUUACACUAGAACAUGUGGAAGCCAGCAGAGCUAUGUGAUGAUUGUGGGAGGGGAGUACAGGUACAUAGCUCCACAGCCUUUUUCUACUCAUGUUGCUCCUUGAAAGUAUAUCGGAACAGGACUUGAGGUGACCUUGCACCACAAAAAGUAUGCACUUCUAACUUUCCUGGUCUAUAGGUCCCUCAUGCCUCAUUGGAAUAUUCCCCACAGAUGCCAGUUAGUGCAGAUGAUAACUAUAUCUGAGAUAGUAGAUACGCAUUACAUUAGGUUUCAAAAUUGCUUGAUAGCAAGUUUCCAUUGGAUCACACACACGCACAAGUUAGGGUGGACCUUAGUGCUGCCAGUGUUUACAGGACCAUGCUUGUAACAUUGUCAAUUGAUCCUAAACCUUAAGUGUUGAGAAUUGGCAUCCCAGAGUAAUUACCUUACAGAUACUUCUAAAAAUUCUAGAUUUUGAAGGGGCCAAUGGAUCUGAUUCAGUCAUCUGUUUUGAAAGAGAUAUAGAAACCAUUGCCAGCAGGGAGUUUUCUGACCAUUUCUUGGAAAAGGUUAUAAAUAGCAGCUGUACAUAAUACUGUAACAUGCCCUCUGCUAUACAUGCAUGUAUCCUAGAAGUGUGAGUACAGGUAAAACAAAGGAAUACAGUUUCGUCAGAUAUAUAUCCUUGAACAGUACACAGAAGGAAAUUGUGGUUUUGUAGGACUCUAUUUGUUUUUCUCUUUGUUUCUUUCUUAGGAGCAGGAAGAAGAAAACUUCACAUCUAUGCCUACAGAAGUUUGCACAUCAUUUGUGAAAAUAAUUGAAGAAGUACUUGGUUCUCCCCCAGAUCUGGAAUUGCUGGCACUGAUCUUCAAUUUCCUUUUAGCAGUUCACCCUCCUACUAAUACAUAUGUGUGCCACAAUCCCAGAGACUUCUACUUUUCCCUGCACAUAGGUAAAGUAUUGUUUUGACCUGAAUCAAAAAAUAAGAAACUAACUAUAUUAAUACCACAGAAACAUAGCAGCUUACCUUUUUUCAAUCCCUGCCCUCUUAGUUUUAUAGCUUCUACUCUUGAAUUGUUUCCCCAGAUUAUAUUCUGAUUGGUUUAUGGUAGCAGAUUUUUAGUCUCUCAGCCCUAUUGUAUUGAAUUCAGAGCUUGAUGUUCAACAUAUUUGACAUAUUUGUAAAAAGCUAAUACAGUUGCACCUUGGAUCCUGAACACCUUGCGAGUCAAACAUUUUGGCUCCCGAACACUGCAAACCUGGAAGUGAGUGUUCUGGUUUGCGAACAUUCUUUGGAACCCAAACAUCCGAUGUGGCAUCCGAUUGGCUGCAGGAUGCCACGCCUUGGUUUCUGAACAUUUUGGAAGUCGAAUGGACUUCCAGAAUGGAUUCCGUUCGACUUCUGAGGUACCACUGUACCUGCAAAAUAAAUCUUCUGAUUUUAGGGAUAAAGGAUUUGAGGCCUUAAAAAGUGACUUAUUCAAAGUUGCUCUGUGCAUUGGAACCUUGGAUACUAGCUGUUUCACAAACAAGGUUGUACUUUAUCAGUAUCUUGCUCAUAAACGUUCAUGUCAUCUUGGUCCUUGUUGCAUGUACAGACACUGAAGAGUCAAUUCUGUAGGUUUGUAGAGUGUGUCGUUGAGCUUGGUAAGAUGUACUUAUGAAUAAAUACACGCAGGAUUACACUGCAUCUUUGUCAACACCCUCUAAUAUGUUUGUUCAGAGUGGCUCUGAUGAAUCACAUUACUGGUCAAGACUUAGCAUAGUUCAAUGUCUCCACUUAAAUUCUGUGCAAGGAAUGAAAUCUUCUGAGAUGUUAAAUUCCCUUGUUUGCUUUUUCUAGAUGGCAACAUUUUCCAAGAGAAGGUCCAAUCCAUUAUGUAUUUGAGGAAUUCCAGCAGUGGCGGAAAAUCUAUUGACAGCCCAGCACUGGCAAUUACAAGUCCAACUGGAUUUUCAGCUGUUUGUCAAGAAAGUAAGUAAUUGCCACAAGACCUGAGCUUCCCAAGUUACAGUGAAGUGAGAAAGGCAGCAUAGAAGCUUAAAGGGACUGAUUCAGGCUGGUGUAAGCAGCUGUGGUGGUGAAGUAGAUACACUGUUCCUGCCUUGCCUUAGGAGAGAAGGCUGGAGCAGGGUGCACAUUGCAAACUUUCUGGUGGUGCAGCUGACCUGCCUAAUGGUAUGUGAAUCCAGCCUUGGCAGAAUUGGUGGCAAAGCUCUUGCUAAUGUUUGGUGCCUGAUGGACAUGAGAAUAGCUUACAGGAGAUUAUUAGAGGUUACCGCCAACACACUUCCGCUGCGCUUUACUGCUUGUGUGGUAGCACCUCAAUAAAACCACUUCUUACUGUAUGUAGCAGAGUUUUCCCCAGGGUAGAGGACAAGAACAGGAGUCAUACUUAAAUUCACAGUCAAGAGCUUCUUUAUUGCUUGACUGGUUGCACAAGCAUUUCUGUUACUAUUACAUACAAGCUGUUUAUGUUCCUUUAUCUCUCCAGCACGGUAUAAUCUCAGUCCAGUAAUUAACAAUCCUGACACAGCAAAACUCACCGUAUCAGCAGCACACAUUGUCUUACUUCCAACCUUGUUGUCAGCGUGCGUGCUGACAGCGUGUGUGUGUGCUUUCCUUGUGUGGAAAUCGCAGCCUGCAAUUUCCUCCCUUUAUUUGCACAUCCAGCUGACACCAAUCCAUCGUUCUGCCCGGACACUGAGGUCCAGCGCCGAGGGCCUUCUGGCGGUUCCCUCGCUGCAAGAAGCCAAGUUACAGGGAACCAGGCAGAGGGCCUUUUCAGUAGUGGCACCCGCCCUGUGGAACGCCCUCCCACCAGAUGUCAAAGAGAAAAAUAACUACCAAACUUUUAGAAGACAUCUAAAGGCAGCCCUGUUUAGGGAAGCUUUUAAUGUUUAAUAGGUUAUUGUAUUUUAGUGUUUUGUUGGAAGCCGCCCAGAGUGGCUGGGGAAACCCAGCCAGAUGGGCGGGAUAUAAAUAAUAAAUUAUUAUUAUUAUAUAAGCCUAGAGUGCCACUCCUACACACUAAAGAAAAUUCCGGAACCCUCUUUAAAGCUUCCAGGAACUUUUUAUCUGUUUCUUAAAGAAUGUUUUCCUAACAGAGAUGUAGGAACUUCUAACAUUAAUAUAAGUGUGUCUGAUAUUUAACGCUUUGAAAAAAAUAGAUUAAAUUGAAAGCAAGGGGCGAUAUUCAGCUACAUUUUACUUAGAGUGGACCCACUGAAAUUAAUCAACACAAAUUAGGGCCAUUAAUUUCAGUAGAUCUACUCUCAGUAAAACUUAGUUGCAUACCACCCAUGGCGAUUAACGAAGCGUGUGCAUUUCCAAAAGUGUAGUGAGUGUGCAUGUCCAGUUUGGAAGAUAUUGGGAUAAGAUCUUCCACUUCCAUUUCUCUCUUCAGUGCGGAAAUUGUUUGGGGGUGUUGGUCAUUCGUUUUCAGAAAGCUGUCUCUGUGAGUUUCUGUAUGUAAUGCGAAGCUCUGGCUCUCAAGCUGGAUUGUUUACACAGCUGCAAGAUAAGAAAGUGAAAUCAUGCACAUGCGCAUGGCAUUAUGUGAGCAACUGAGAGUUUAUGUUUUGGUCUACUGAGAGGAUGCAAGCUAUAAUGAGUAUGGGUUGCUCGUGCGUAAGUUGCCGCCUCUCCAGGCUUUGUUGCCUUGGUAAACCUUUCAGUCUGGGCAGCCCUUCACUUUGUGGCUGCCUCAGUCGCUAGCAGAAUCCGUCAGUGGGCGUUUCUUAAAUCUUUUCCAACAUAAAAGUUGUUUGACACCCAGUCUCCUCCUACUCUCUCUGCGCGGAAGUCUUCUGCGCAGGGUGGGCGUGGGUAGCGGGGGACCAGUGCUCUCCCCGCUGGUGUCCGGUGAAGAGUCCUGGAGCCAUCUCGCCGAUUCCCCCAUCUGCCCCUCCUUAUCCCUGGUGUAGCGCUGAUUUGCUUCCCCAUCUGUGGAGCUGCCUCUCUCCCUGCUGGGCCCUUCUCCAGCAUCAUUUGAGAGCCUUCCCUCCGCCUCUAGCUCUGAUGUCAGUUCCCUGACACAAGCAGAUCUGCUGCUGUGGGGACCCACAGUGGUCUCUGUAUACAGCAACCUACACUUAAUCUACCUAUAACAAUCUUGUGUUGCUGAUCAAUCAGGACUCAGGGCCAAUUCCGCUUGCUUCACUGCCGACUGUGUUUCAGCUCUGCUGACGUCUGGUGGGAAGUUUGCUGGGCAAAUCUGUUUAUGGCAGCCUUCACACCAUAAACAGUCACAGAAAUGUCAAAUUACACAGAUAUUCUAUGCCCAAGACCAGUGUAGUCCUGGAACAUUCUGUAUUUAGGACUUCUGAAGUAUUUCCUACAAGUCCUGGUGCUGCUUGCCUUGUGUACUGAAGCAUGACUCAGAAGACAUGUGUGACAUCCGUUUUACUUUGGAGGCAUGAUAUAAAAUGCUGUAUGAACACUUUGUGUGCAAAACCAAUUAACAGCCUAUAUUUAGCUGACAUUAAUUAUAAUGCAGCAGGAAACUUUUUCAAGAAAUGGAUGUUCUCCAGUAGCUUGCUGUAGGUAACUGUUAUGAAAUAUAGUCCUUUCUACAUAAAGGUCCUGACUUAUUAUGCUUUAGAGCCUCUGCUUUAGAGACACAAUACUAUGUUAACAGACAAAUGUUUGGAACAGAGCUGUGGUCUCUCACCCCCAGUGUAGAUGUCCCCACCCAAAGUUCAAAAUCCCUGAUUACUUGUGUUUCAGACCAUGCUAGUGAAAAAAUGUGUGUUUCGACUGGAAAAACAGUGGCAAGGAAAACUUAAGCACUCCCUUUUAGUCCCUUUGGCAUUGAUGCAAAUACAUAGCAAUGUGAAAACAUAUUUAUAAGAUGCCAAAUAAGUUUCCACCUUCAGUUUAUCAGCAGCAAGUAAUAGUGCAUUGCCAACCUUCAAAACAGUGGCAUACUGUUUAUAUUAUACAAAAAUAAUAUUUAAUUUACAAACUAGUAGCUGGAGGUAGCAAAGUUUCCGAACACCAGAACAGGCAGAACAUGUAACUACUACUAACAAGGCAGGCCACUUUUGUUCAGUGGGCAUGUUAAUUUCAGUUAAAUUAGGUGGGAAAGUGCUGGUGAAAUUUCUUCCCUAGAGUAGCAUUAAGAGAGGAGUUGGUUGUUGACAAGGAAGACAGUAAAGAUGAAUGAGUGUGAGUGAACUUAAAUAAUGGGCGAAGAACAGUAUUAGGUUUGCUCCAGAAGCACUUUGUGAACCUUAAGAACAUAAGAAGAACCUGGUGGACCAAGCCAGUGGUCCAUCUAGUCCAGCAUCCUGUUCUCACAGUGGCCAACCAGAUACAUGUGGGAAACCAGGGAGCAGUACAUGAACACAAGAGCUCUCUCCUUUCCCAUGAUUUUCAGCAACUGGUGUUCGGAAGCUUUGCUACCUCCAGCUUCUAGUAGCCAUUGACCCUGAAACCUUUUUUGGAAGCCGAAUGCCCAGCAUGGCUUCCGUGGCUUCUGAUUGGCUGUAGGAGCUUUCUGCAGCCAAUUGGAAGCUGCACCUUGGUUCUCAAACCGUUUUGGGAGUUGAAUGGACUCCCAGAACAGAUUAAGUUGGAGAACCAAGGUUCCACUGUAAUAUUUUCAUUAAGGACUGAUGUAAAAAAAAAAUUGAGAAUAGCACUUGCCAUAUUUGUUUUCUCAGGAAAUGAUUCUUCUGAAAUCAGUGAACUACAGACAACAGUUCCUCAGGCACCUGACCGGCGGUGUAAAAGCCUACCAACAUCUCUUACUUCCUCUCCACAAAUGCACCGAAAAGGGUUCUGUGGGAACAUGGGCAGCAGUGCUGAGAACUUGAAUAUACUUCGAAAGACUGACGUAGAUGAGCUACUGCAUAAAAAUAAUUUGGUAAAGAGCUUGGAGGUCUUUAAAAUGAUGCAGGAGGCGCAUUUACUCAGUAGCUGCGAAUCUGCAAAAACAGUUGUAAAUGUGGGAGAGUUGACUUCUGCUGAGAUGUUUGAUAUUUCAAAGGAAGAGGUGGAAAUGUUGGACAAGCCUUCAGAGAACCAAGAAGCAAACACAGGAAUGAAAUCUAGUGAAGAUGGCGCUGCACCCGCAUUGUCCCUGAGGCGUCCUGACAAUCUGAAAGGGUUGUCUACCUUUCAGAAAAGUCAUGGCAACUUUGCAGGUUUGGGAUUAGCCUUUUCAGCUCAUAGUGGAUCCACCAUUGCUCGUUGGCCAAGCCUGGCUGAUAAGAGUGUAGCUUCGGAAGACUGGGAACAUCUCGCCUUUUCCUCGACUAGCAAACAGGCUCCUCUGAAAUCCGAAAGCACUGCUGAUAGGUACGUGGAUGUGAAAGUUUAUAAUUCUCACAUUCAUGCAGUUUUCACUUGGCAAGAACUGAACUUUGCUUGGCUGAUUUUGUGGACAAAAGUAGCCCCAAAAUAUUAGGUGAAUAAUCCCUCAGAACAGAUGUGGGCAACCUCAGGUCCUCCAGAUGUUGCUGAACUACAGCUCCCAUUAUCCCUGGCCAUUGACCAUGCUUGCUGGGGCUGAUGGGAGUUGUAGUUCAGCAGGAGCUGGAGAGCCAAACUGUUCCCCACAACUGCCUUAGAACAAGAGUGGCUAACCUUUUUGGAACUGAGGGCUGCACGGAUCCAUGGUCAACUCUUGGGUUCAUGGCAAGUAGGCAUGGGCAAAAUGUAGAAAUUGCUAUGGCCUCUUUUUUAAAAAAAGGACAAGUUUGAGAAGGUCACAAAAGCCGUUUGGGAUCACAGAAUUGCAGCAGGGGAUGUAUAAGAAUGGCCUGUUUUAUAUAUGUGUGAAAUGGACCUAUUUUGCAGGACAUUAGGGACACAAUAAACCACUUAAUAUGCAGUCACACAGAGAAAAAUACUAAUUAUUUAUAUGUAUGCAUGCAUGCGAUCUGGAUUAUUUUAUUCUACUGUAGUGGUGUUUUCAGCAACCACAAUUUGUCUGGUAACCUGUGCCCCUUCACAAGACACAAUUCUCCAUGUGAUUGUGUUCAUGAAUUACAUUUUGGAACUUUCCUUUUGGGUAGGACUCAUGCUGUAGAGUUUUUAUAUAAAGAGUGGAGCUAUUAAGAUAACUUUCUAUUAAAGAGAUUCAUUCUCUUCUACUGGGUGUAAGACAUGGUGCAGUUGAGGCAGAAGCAAGCGGAUUACCAUUCUUCUUGUUACAUUCCAGCCCCCACUCAUUCUGGCAAUGGCUGCAAUCUUCUGCUACUGUGCAACAAUAAAUACAAAGGGCAUCUUAGUAAUAAAUUCUCUUCUUCCGAUCAGAUCAACAGAAGACUGUCUCGUACUCGUAUGCUGUGGUUUUUAUCAGCUCUUGAGGAGAGUACUUUUGAUCUUGCCAGAUGUCAUGCUUCAAGAUGUGAUGGACAAGCUUAUUCAGCCAGAUGUUCUCAUAGUUCUUGUGAACCAUCCGUCUCCUCUCAUACAACAGGGAGUUAUUAAAGUAGGAAAAAUACGUGUUUGUUUGUGUUUGUGUAAAAGUAUAAUAUGCACAUUUGCAGCCUUAUUAAACUGCUUAAGCAAUCUCAUGGGUCACAAUCAAAGCUGUAUCUAGGGACCUUUCCUGAACAUCUUCUCCCACUACCAUAAUACUAAAAAUAGGGGACGCCCAAUGAAGUUGACUAGCUGUAGGUUUAGAAUAUGGUAUAAAAAAGUAGUUUAUAAAAUGAAUGAAUGCCAGUGAAUGGCCUAGAAGCACACGAUCAUGCAGCAUUGUCCGUGCCAGAUUUAUGCAUAAGCUAAACAAGCUAUAGUUUAGGGCCCCACUCUCUUGGGGCCCCCAAAAAAAUUUAAAGUAAAAAAAAAAACCACUGGAAGUACAUUUCCAAAAUAUAAGAUAAAAAACAAAUAAAAUCUACAUACAGCAACAGUGUUUUGUGUUGUGUAGGCUCCUAUUUGUUAUGUACAAAUGGCUUUAGAUACCUAUUAGGUCCAUAAAUUACCAUAUAUUCAACACAAGAAACAGUGACAAUUUGUUGUUGACAAAGGACAGCUGGACAUAUAAAGGGCCCCAUUACCUUCAGUAGCUUAGGUCCUCAUCAAACCUCAUCAAACCUAAAUCCAGCCCUGAGCAUUGUUAUAUAUAUAUCUUCUAUUCUCUGAAUGGGAAACCACCAGAAUUCCCACGCAAGAGUGGAAAAUAAGUACAAUAUAUAUUAAGUAUAAUUAUAUUAAAUAUGUAUAUGGAAUUCACUGCCACAAGCAAUGGCAUGAUUGCUACCUUAAAUAGUUUUAGAAAAAGAAUUUCAUAAUGUAUAACUUAAAAUCAUUCUUCUGUUCCCUCAGCUUUUGGACACGUAUUUCAGCAGAGCAACCAGGGAACAAAAGGAGAAGUUCCUGAAGAAUCGUGGUUUCUCUUUGUUAGCUAACCAGUUAUAUCUUCACCAAGGCACUCAAGAACUUAUGGAAUGCUUCAUGGAAAUGCUGUUUGGUCGAUCAGUCGGUCUUGAUGAAGAGUAACUAAUACUUUUUUAUCCUCUAUAGAUUAACUUAUUUUUAGCUGAGCUAAAAAUUGGGCAGUAUGCUGUAGGCAAAUAUAAAUUGCUUGCCAAGUGCCUUCAUUUCCCUGCAACGGCCCACCCAGAAUAAAUCAAUUUAUGCUAUAAACAGUUCAUAAGAACUCCAGUUCCAUUAACACACCUCAAAGAAAACCAUUUCAUCAAUCCUUAUUUUGUUUUGUGAAAUAUACACUCCUUCUUUUGUACUGUGUGUUGUAUUUGGCCAGAUUAGGCUCAUUUGGUUGUAUCUAAAGCAGCGCUAAUAGUGUUACAUUGGUGAAACAGCUCUUUAAUUUCCUCUCCUCCCCCUUUACAUGCAAAAUAUUCUCUAGGGUUUCUCCCAGUUUUAAAGAUACCCUGGGCAAGACGUGUGUGUAUGUGUGUGUGUAGGCAGGCUCCAGGAAAAUCACAGAAUUGUAGAGUUGGAAGGGACCCCAAGGGUUUAAUUCUACUAGUGAGAGUCUACUGGUGUUGAAAAGGAAAGGAAAGGAAAGGAAAGGAAAGGAAAGGAAAGGAAAGGAAAGGAAAGGAGAGCAGGUUUUUCCACCCCUGAUCUAAUUGUUUCACUGCUAAUCCCUGCAGUGUAUCAAAGUCUCUGUUUGUGGCCAAGUUAUUUUAUUUAUAGCAAAGAUUUUCCUGCCUUUGUGUUCAUGAUGGUGCCAGCAGCAGAAUGAUUUAUCACAGCCAGUAGGGUUUAUCAUAGCCAGUAAGAUUUUUAGUUUUUCUACUAAUGUGAUUUUUCUCUGUCCUGUAAUACAGAAGCUGAAUUGAAUUUGUUAUCUCUUAUUAAAUCCCAGGACUUGUUAGGAUAGCAAAUUAAGUACUUAGGAUAGUGCUGUGUGUCACAUCAUGAUGCUAUUCAGUGCCAGAGGUUUGAUUUCAUCCACAUACCUUGUUAUGACUGAAUUAACUGCAUACGAAUUUGUAAAUCCAAGUUCCAUCUUGCUUCUAAUAGCCUAACACAGAAAGGUCAAUAAGAUGUGGGUUGGUUGUUAUUUUUGUAUCAUAUUUAAAGCUGCAUUACAGAUUGCCUUUUCCUCCCUUUAACAGCUUUGAUUUAGAAGAUGUGAAAGGUGCUGGACUUUUUCAAAAGUGGUGUGUGAUACCUGUUCUGGGGCUUAUAGAGAACUCCCUCUACGAUAGCGUCCUGCUGCAUAACUCCCUAUGUUUCCUGAUGCAAAUCAUAAACUCCUGUUCUAAAAUGGCAGACAUGCUGCUAGAUAAUGGCUUGCUAUAUGCACUGUGCAAUACUUUGGCAGCUCUCAACGGGUUAGAAGCCAAGUAAGUGAUGGAUUAGUCCCUACUAUUUUAGAAUUCCUACACUGUAUAGAUUGCUCUAGUUUUUGUUCAAGUAGCAGGCAGUCUUGUCCCAAGAAGCAGUAAGCAAGUGACAGGAGAGCACAUUUCCAUUCUCAAAUUAUAAUGGGUGUAAUAAAUUCUGUUGCCAAAGAGAGUACUUAUUAUCUUAGCAUAACAAGUCCUUCUUAGAGGGCAUGGGUAGGCAAACUAAGGCCUGGGGGCUGGAUCCAGCCCAAUCGCCUUCUAAAUCCAGCCUGCGGACGGUCCGCAGAAUGUGUCCUUUUAUUUAAAAUGCAUCUCUGGGUUAUUUGUGGGGCAUAGGAAUUCGUUCAUAUUCUUUUUUCCAAAAUAUAGUCUGGCCCCCCACAAGGUGUGAGGGACAGUGGACUAGCCCCCUGUUGAAAAAGUUUGCUGACCCCUGUGUUCAACUUUUUAAGCUUUGAAUGCUGUUAUAAACAUUUGUUUAGAAUGUGCUGGUCAUUGUACAGGAUGAACAUCUUUCGAUGGACAUUUCCUAGAAAGCUUACAGUUCUUAGAUGUAUAAAUUAAGUAUUGGAUGGGAAGGUCAGGAAUCGCCAAGCAAAUAAUGGGAUUAGGGUAGAUACAGGUUAGUUGGCACUGAAUAUGUGUGUCGUUCUUAUAAAAAUAAUGGAAUUCAAGUGAACGAUUUAACUUCCUUUGCAGCAGCAUCUCAAACGACUACAGGUUACUUGUGUGUGAUAUACAGCAGUUACUUGUAGCGGUGACAAUCCAUGCCUGCAGCUCUUCAGGUUCCCAGUAUUUUCGGAUUAUUGAAGAUCUCAUGGUGUUACUUGGACAUCUUCAGAACAGCAAGAACGAAAGAACACAGAGUAUGUCGCAAGUUCCUUUGUGUGAAUGUACUGAAAAGUAACUUUUUUAUUUAUUUUAACAAUUUCACAGUUUGAAGAAAUGCUUGUUCAUUUGAUCUCUUCCUUUCAGAUAUGGCCAUUGCUUUGCAGUUCAGAGUCCUACAAGCAGGCAUUGAGUUCAUAAAAACCGCAGCAAAUCAAGACUCAGAAGAUCUAAGCAAUUCGUCCCAAUUAAUUCCUUCACAUCAGCAGGCUAUAUUGCAAAAACGUCAGAGCAUUGCUGGUGAGUAAUGAAAUUCAGCACAAGUUGUUUCUUUUUCUUUUUUCUUUGAAAUUAGAAAUCCCUGAUCAUAAUUUGCAGUGAAACCUAUCCCAUUGUGGAGAUGUUCUUUUAAAAUGUUAAAUGUUUCCCCUGAGUGAAUGUUGCUAUCGGGGACUUUGCAAAGCAGGAUUGGGACAUACAAUUUCAAACCAGUUCAGUUAAAUGACAACAUUGCAUGUGUGCACAGAUAACUGGGUGCCCUUUCAUAUAGAGGAGGACCAGCAGGACACCGGCUAGGGAGAGGCAGACUUUUUGGGACUGCAUAAAAACAGCACAAACUGGAAGAGGAGCAUUGAUCAGAGACAGGAAUCAGGAUGGGGUACCGACGAAAGAUAGUGGAGAAAUCCUGUUUAGUUCUCAUGAAAGUGUACCAAAUUUCCCCUUCCUGAAACUACGCAAGCCUUCCUUUUGUGCGUCUCUAAAUUUUGUAAUGCAGUUGUACAGCAAAAAAUGUGUACAAAGAUGCAUGUAUUAGGGGAAAGUGUGCAUUAAAAUGCACCUGAGUGCAAAAACAACUUAACAAAAGUGCAUUAUAUUAGGGAAGGUUGUUUGCAAAAAUAUGUAUGCUAGGAAAAAUGAGCACCCAGAUGAUAACAAUUUUUCACGAGGACUUGAUUUGAAUGCUAAGGUUAGAAAAAUGGAAAACUGUGAGAAUCCAAAAUGGACAUACUCUCCAUCCCUAGACUGCACCUGGUCAUCAUUAUUUAGUUAUGAGUUCAGAAAACAGCUAGUGUAGACAUAUUCUUGGGCACAUUUGAUCUCCAUCAAUUCUCCCAGUUGGGAUAUUAGCCCAAUAGCCUACUGCCAUUUUCAGAACUGGAGUGCCAGUUCAACUUUUCCUGUUUCUAGACUCUCUUUGAACUCUGAUUUUAUUUUAUUUUAUUUUGUUGUAAAAGGACUUUGCAGUAUGUAUAUACUUCAGAUUAGUCACAUAAAACUGAUAUUUUUUGUUUAAAACAAAGGUUCAAUUGCAAUGAAAGACUCCAUUGUUCCUCAUCUACCAAGACAACAUUUCCUUUCUUAUGGUCAACUUGAGAUGCCUUCCUCCUUCAGUCUGUUAAAUUUGGAGUCGUCCCUCCUGUCCCCUCUUGGAACUGCUUUCUGUUCGUUCCCUACAGAUACAGGUGCAGUAAUGGUAGCUGUGCCUACCAGCUCAUUCUGAAAAAACAUUUCUCAGGAAAUGCUUUUGCAGAAUUAGAUUUAGAGCAUCGUGUCAUCAAAAAUGUUUUGAUGAUAUGUAAAUCAGCUAGAUUUCUUGAAGCUGUUUUGACACUUAGCCUGGCUGAUUCCCCCCACCCCCCUUUUAGUUCACAUUGAUGAAUCGUCUAACAUUUGUGCUCCUUUCCUAAGAAAAUUGAAAGUUUCCCUCUUUUUGAUCACCACUAGAGUCUUUAUCAGUAGCGCUGGGGCUCUUAAUCGAUAGCUCUUUUAUUGAUAUUUCUUUUUCUGUUGAUAUUUCUUUUUCAUUUUGAAGCAGCUAGAAAAUUUUCUCUUGCUCAGUCAGACACAUUGCUAAUGAGAAUGCGCACAAUUGCAAGCGAUGAACUCAAUUUGAUGAUGCAGCGAAGAAUGAGUCAUGACAACCCUGUUUGUGCCACCGAAGCAGAGCUUACACAGAGGUUACAGAGAAUUACUGUUCUGUCAACCAACAGGUUCAUGUAUCAAGGUAAUAAUACUCCUUCAAAAAUUAUCAGGUUGUUUUUAAUGUUAAAUGGGUGGGGUAGUAACAACAACAACCUUAAAACUCAUCCCAUUUACCAAUAGCUAUAUUAUCAACUUCCUUAAUUGAAUCUUUGCAAUCCACUAGGACAUAGCAUUGGUUUUGCCAAACUGAAAAGGGCAUUUCCAUUUCUGGCUUGCUUGGCUUACAUGAGAAGCGUUAAUAUUUGUUUUUAGACAGAAGUAAGAUUGGAAUUGUUGCAUGGAGUUUUACGAAAUGGCCACACUUUCAGGAUGUAAAAUUAAACAAAUUAGCUAAUAAGAAUGUGGGGAAAUAUAUGAAGUCAGUAUGGAGUGGACCCAUUGAAAUCAAUGUUGAUGAAAUCCAUUGAUUUCAGUGGAUCUACUUUGACAUUGUUGGAUACAACUCAAGGUCAUUUGCUGCAGUAUUAUUUAAAAGAGUUCUUAAGCCACCUCUCUGAGCGCACUAUCCUAGUAAGGUGACUUACAAAACUCUAAAAUUCAUGAAAAAUGCAAUAGCCCACAUUGAGAGAUGCAGUAACAAGAUUUUCCCCAACUUACAGCACAAUUCAGCCGAAUACAGGUUUGAAUAAAUUUAUUUUUAUACACAUUAUAGUGGAUAUUACUUGUGUUGCUUAAAAAAGGGUGAACGUGGCUCCGGAUUGGAAUCAUCUGAUUUUUAACACUGACCUAACAAUGUUUUUUAAAAAUUACAGAGUUUUCUGAAGACUGCCUUGAUAUGCUGGACAUAAUGGAGGACCCAGUGCAGAGCAGACUUUCAGUUUCACAGAUGGAAGAGGCAGAAAAGGAGGAUCAACCAGAGCAACCUAGCCUUAAAUUUGCUUUCUUGAAAGAAAUUUUGAAGAUAAUGAUCGAAGGAAUUGGAUUAUCUGUUGUAAGUUACCAUGCUUGGUAUUAUCUCCUGCAGCCUGUUGUCGCCACUACCUCAAUCCCCCUUCAUGUAUUCUGGAUAUACAAGUCUUACAGUUUGUUUUCCCCCUUUAUUUUCUCAGUCCUCUUUUAACCUGUAAGCCAAAAUUAUCUCUUAGGGUGCAUGUGUAUUUCGGUUUGGGGUCAGAAUAUGUUUCAUAUUGGAACUUGCAUAAAGUUUCUAAAUAAUUACAUCUUAUUUAGUAACUGUUGAAUGUGGAUUUGAUAUGCAGCUUGAACAGUAUUAAAACAUUCCAAAGUUUUUGAACCCAAUCCUGUAAAAAUUUGUUCUUGUUGAUUGAAGCCAUUUUUAUUAAAGCUUUUGGCUUUUACCUCCAUUUGUGUAUGUGAUAUAUACAGUGCUUUUUUUCUGGGGGGGGUACGCAAGGGUACACAUACCCGUAAACAUUUUGUGAAUCUAAGUCUGGCCUCAUUGAGGGGCAGUAUUUCAAUAUGAGUAGGAAAAUGAGAGUACCCCUAAAUAUUUUUUUAAGAAAAAAAGCGCAGGAUAUAUAUCUGAAACAUUAUUCAUGGCAGGAGGGGGUGGAAUCUUCAGUGACAGUGCAUUAUGUUACUUGCAUUUUGUUUUAUAUACAAAAUCAAACAGAGGCUUUAUUUGUCAGAUUAGGAAAAAGCAUCUGGUUAAGUUGUCUAAACUUUUUUUAUUUCUUUAGGGCACAAGUAGAUCUAGUACCCCGAAGCAACAGUGGAAGAGAAUUCUCUUGUCAUGUAAGGAUACAUUUCGCGUGCAGCUUGGAAGAUUGCUUGUGCAUGCUCUGUCUCCAGCACGCCCUUUACAGGAGAGAAAGCAAACUCUGGAGAUCCUAUCUGAAAUCAGCCACCAGGAAAUUUUGCGAGACUGUCUAAGUCCAACUUUGCAAGUAAGCAUGGUGGUGCUUCUUGACACUGAACGAGAAAUCCAUUGACCUUAAAACCAAUUACUUACAAUUCUUGUUUUGCUUUUCAGCAUGGGCCCAAACUGUCUCUCUACUUAUUUGAGUUAAUGCACGAUCACAAGGAGCAGCUGUCCAAUGAAGAUCAGUUAGCAGUGGGAGUGUUUAUGAAUGCAUUAAAACUUUGUGGUUACAAAUAUAUUCCUCUCAACGCACCACCAAAGCCAGACCUUAUAAAAGCUAUGAGAGAGGUGCGUAAGUCUAUACAAUCACUUUUCUUCUUGAUCUUCAUUUGACUAAUUGUCAUUGAAAUGGUCUUUAGGGGACAAAGUCACACUUUUGCCUUGUUUAGGAGAUAUAUACAUCAGCUGAAACAGUUGAGAGAGCUAGCUUUUGUGCCACAAAAGAUUGCUUUCUAGAGAUUUCUGUAACAUUUUUCUGAAGAUAAUAAAAAAGGAGAAGCUUAUAAAAUGCUUUAAAAUGAAUCAUUGAUACAAGAAAUAAGAAAAUACUGGUAAGUAACUGAAAAGAAAAGAGCCCCUAAAUCUUUUUUCUAACAAUUUUUUGUCAGGAUCAAAAAAAAUAUGAGGCAGAGGAAGAUGUAAACAAAGCUGCUUGGGAGAAGACUAUGGCUAAUAAUAGGCGAACGUAAGUUGUUCCUGUUUUCAUUAAGAAUGGCAUUAGGUGUGAAGUUGUCACCAAAAGCAGCACCAUUACCAAUCUUGUUUCUACCAAAUUCCAACACUGCCAUCAAAUGAGAUACAUAUGGGAUCGCAUCAUACCAUGUGUUUCCCCACUUCUAACCGCCUCUAUAGUGAAACAAAGGGAAAUGCAUGGCAUAGUGUCACGUCAUAUUUUAUUUAAUGACACAUCACAAAGGAGGAGGUGGCAAACUCAACAGAAGCUUACAAUUUCCAGUAGCAACAGUCCCAUGUGUUUGGCCAUGUCAAGUUCCACUCCCUGCCUUCUGCUUGAAUGGCCUUAGUGCUUGCGUGAUCUCUCAGUGCCCCAGCAGAAGCCAACUUGAAACAGAAGUAUUUCAAGCUAACUUUUUAAAGCUACACUGUACUGUGUCUCGGAUUCCGAAACAUGAAAUAGUUACUGUUGUGCUGACAGAUAAUCUGUUCCUACCAAGUUUAGUAGUUUAGUAUUCCUGUGAUAUAAGUGAAUAAGACAUGAAUGCCUGGAUCCACCCAUAAAUUGGGCAUGUUCCUAGCAGUAUUUGGACUUAUUUUAUUCUUGUUAAACAGAGACAGCUGAUAAUCCUUUUAAGUUGAUUUGCUUAUUCAGCCUCUUUCAGCGCCUGGAUGCAAAGUCGAAGGACAUUUCUAAAGCAGCUGGAGAUAUCACCCAAGCUGUGUCUCUGUCCCAAGGAAUAGAAAGAAAGAAGGUGAUUCAUCACAUCAGAGGAAUGUAUAAAACAGACUUAAGUGCUAGCAGGCACUGGCAGGAGCUUAUUCAGCAACUAACACAUGACAGGUAAGCAACUUCACUGUGGCAAUCUCCCUUUCAGGAUAGGAGAGGCUGUUCUUGUGUUCGUCUCUUAUCUCAAAGGAAAAUGAUCUGAAAUACAUAUAGAAAACAUUUGCUCGUUUAUAAAGGACUUAAUGCCUUUUAACUUCUAAAGAAGGUGUCUUGAGCUAUAAGAUUUCAUUCUUGACUGUGCUAAAGCAAUCUCGGCAUCUCUCCUCCUGGUUGUGCAGGAAGAAGUGGAAAUAGAGAGCACAUCUUGGACACUUCACUUGGACUUGCAAAGGCUUUUCUGCAUAGUGCAAAACCAUGGUUUGGGGUUCCAUGUGAACUGUGCCAUUCUGUGUCUACAAAACUGAUGAAUGAAUUAGUAGCAAAGUGUUUAGGAAUAUAUGAGUGUCUGCCUGGUUCCCCACCACCAUCUUCAAGGAAAGAGUGAUACAAACCAAAUUCCUAUUCUUAUAGAGAAUACAUGCAAGACGUAAACUUAGUAAACUUAGACUUCUUCUAACAUGCUCUCAAAAAUCAGGAUGGGUUAAUGGAAUAAAAACACAUUUUACUGCAGGUCACUGAAAGCUGAACCAAAUUGAUUUCCUAGUUUCUCAAAAUUAUACCCAUCCUCCAUUUUCAGUACCUUAAGAGAUAGUGUAUUUUUAUCUAUGAGUAGCUUAACUGUACUUUUUGAAUGUGUGGUAAUAUUUUGAGGCUCUUGAGAACUGAGUUUUAGGGCAUAAGGUGACACUGGGAAGAUCUUGACUUCCUGAAAUUUGCACCACUGUUUUAAGACAGAGAUGGUCCCUAAUCCCCGAUGAAAUGCUGCUUCUUUCAGAGCACUCUGGUAUGACCCAAGCUCCUACCCAACAUCUUGGCAACUAGAUCCGACAGAGGGCCCCAACCGAGAGAGGCGGCGUUUGCAGAGAUGCUACUUAACUAUUCCAAAUAAGUAUCUUCUCAAAGACAGGCAGAAAUUUGAAGGUAUGCUUUAAUAUCCUCUGGGGUUCCUGUUACCGUCUCUUAAAUGUUGCAAAAAAUAAUUUUUUUGUUUUGUGUUUUUUUUUAAUAGAGGUUAUUAAACCCCCUCUGUCAUAUCUCUUUGAAGACAAAACACAUUCUUCUCACUCUUCUACUGUAAAAGAUAAAGCUGCCAGUGAGCAUAUAAGGUUAGUUUGAAUUGGGGAGGAAAAGCUUUUGCAUAGCUAGACCAUCUGCGUAAAAAGUGACAAAGAAACUUUGGACGGUAUCCAAGAAAGCAGUUCCAGUAGCACAAGGAUUUUCGUUAGCACAAGGGAACUUCUGAUCCCUUUCCUCUCCCUGGGUGCUUCCUGUGCCUUCCCCAGAUAUGCUCCAGAGGGUUGGGAGAACCUCAAGAACAGAAUUAGGGGGCAUUUGGGGGAGAGGGGGUGAAAUUCUGUUGUGCAGCUAGAAGUGAUUGCCAUGCUUCAUUAGAUGCUGCCCUUCAUCUAAGGAAAAUUGGCAUAAUUCAGGAUUGCAAAUACCCACUUUCCUGUUCAAAGUGAGAAUUGGUUCCUGGUGAUCGGGAACCAUUUUCCCUCCCCCCCCCCAAUCAAAUUAGGCAGUCCAUGACUGAUGAAGGUGUACAGUAUCGUUGCACCUUAUGCGGGGAUUCGGCUCCAAGGGUUUUGUAUACACACAAAAAUGUGUACAUUCAUACUGCCCCUCCUGUGAGCAUCCCAAGCCUUCUGAAGUUGGAGCGCUGUGAGGGCCUUGCACAGCAAGCAAGGCAGAGAGCUUUAAAGUUCUUUUUGUACCAGAGAAACUUUGCAUUUAAUUUGCGGAAUUUCAACUAGCCAGCUUUCAGUCGCGUAUAGUUGGAAUCAUGCAAGUGACCUUGACUGGUAAUCCAGCUGACAGAACACAUUGACCAUGUUGCUAAAGUAUUGUAUUUGAGAAUGGUAGUUUUGACAUGCUUUGGAGAAGUUCGUAACAGCAAACCAGUGAAUUCCCUGUAUGUCGCUGCAGAGUAAAUCGAAGAUGCAUCAACGUGGCACCAUCUAGAGAGACUCCUGGUGAAUUGCUACUAGGUAACAGAUAUUAUUUCUCUAACCUCACACUUAAGCAGUUGAGUUGCUUUGUUUAAAGUGAAUGUUUUGCAAACAGCACCUUUUUUUAAUAAUUUGGGAAACGUUGGAAAGAAAACUUGCAGGAAAAAGCUAUUAUUCCUCAGACCAAGCUAGACAUCAUGUUAAAUGCAUGGUUCUUAUAAAUAACUGUUUUCCCCUUGUGUGUCUGUCGGGAUUUGGACAACAGUGCACAAGGUGAGGGAUUUAACCUAUCUCCUGCUGUGGUUCCAAUGAAAACUGCUGUUAGUUCCCAGAGAACCUGCUAACUCAUCAGCACUACUGCUAUGAUCCCAAGGAAGGAAGCUUCCAUUGAUGUUAAUAGACAUUUUAUUCCAAGACUGAAUAGAUGGUUUUUUGUGGGUAUGGGGUAUUUGCAUCAGGACCAUGAUGGAAGUGAAUGCAGAUAGGAGUGCUGCCCCCUCCUCCUUACGUGCUGUGGUCCUAAUUCUGAGGCCAAUGGGUCUACUCUGACCAACAUUGGAGCUCACUCCAUGUUUGUUUUUAGAAACUGUUCAAUAGCUGAGGAUCUAGGGUCGACUUAUUUUCAUGUCAAUUCAUUGAUAUCAGUAGUAUAUUUCCAGUGUAAUAGGGUUAUAUAUUACAAAGUGGGUGAAUAAAUAAUCCAUAUAAAUGUUCUUCAUGGUGCAGGUAAAUGCGGAAUGUAUUUUGUGGAAGACAAUGCUUCUGAUACAAUUGAAAGCUUGGUAAGUAAGAAAAGUAAAAAAGUGAAUUGACUUGUUUUUAAAGUUGAUUUUUUCAUUAGCAUAAUUUUAGCAGUAACCUGUGAUUACUGGUUACGUCUGGGUUGCCGUGGAGCGCAACCCAAAAGCGCUCAACUUGAAGCAUAUUUAACCUUAGGUAUGACUGUACAUACGGUACUCAGGUCCCAUUAAACUAAUUGGGUCUGAGCAGGCAUGUAUAUCGGAUUGUAUUUUCAAGCAUCUAACUUAAAUAAAACUUGUAAGUACUUGGUCCUUUGGAAUUAUCAUCAAGGGAUUACAGACCAGAGGCUGGGACUGCAGGCCAGGAACAUUUAAUGGGAGUGAUUUGGUUCCCAUGUGCAGUGACUCCCCGCAAAGUGCUUGCACUGGUGAAAACACCGUAAGGGGAACUGGUAAUGGACCACGACACAAAAUCCUGCACUGAAGACUCUCUAGAGUGCAGCUUGUUUCCCUCCCAGCAGGUUUUGUUUUGGGGAGGCCAGAAUGUGCAGCCAAGAGGAUCUUCUCCAGAAUCAUUGGGAUUCCUAAUGAGAAUCUCAAGAGGAUGCAGGCACACAGCAACCAACCAACCUAUGGUUGUUUAUGCAUGACACACAGGCACCCUCUUAUCCCCUGCCAAGGGAGGUGUAGUGCUAGCUUGCCUUAACACCAGAGAGGCCGCAUCAAGAAGAUUCCCUGUCUUCUGGGCAUCUACUGCCCAUAGGGCACAACCAGCCACUUCCAAGCUCUUCUGGUUCUUCCUUGCUCCUGGCUCUCUUCUUCUCUCAUGCAACAUCUCAUAACUCCACUUGAGUGCUUUAUACAGGAAUUAGUUUGCAUGUGACCUGGUGGGAAGGAGGGCAGCUCAUGAGUGGUGGUGGCACAAGGCGGUAGGUUCAGGCCCAUAGCAGUGGGCCCUUGCUUGGAGCCUGACCAGGUCAAUUGCUCCUGCUGGCCAUGAAUUUGUUGAAUGCUUAUUGGGUCAAAUAUAAUAUGAAAUCAAGAAUGAUAGAUUUAGAUAAUGUAGUAUGUAUUAACAGUGUUUAUAUGCCACUCAAUUGCAAAGUUUAUUACUCAGUAUCUGAAAGAUUACAAAAUAUCAGCGUGGCAAAUAAAUGCAUUUUAAAUGAACACGAUUUUUAAAAGGCUAAUAACUUUAAUAUGCUGUGCUUUGUUCAGAGCUUUCAUGGUGAAACCGAACCGGCAUCGUUUUCUUGGACAUUUGAAGAAAUCAAAGAAGUGCACAAGCGUUGGUGGCAAUUAAGGGACAACGCUGUAGAAAUAUUUUUAACAAAUGGCAGAACUUUGCUAUUAGCUUUUGACAACACAAAGGUAAAUAUUUUCCAUGACAGCAUAGCAAUGUUGAGCAACAGCCUAUAUAUAUAUAUUAGUAUAUACAAAAAUAAGCUUAUUAAGAGAAUAAUAAGGCAGAUUUUUCAUCACUUCGUUAAAGCGGUGAAAUAACUUGUUUUUCAGCAAGGAGAGAAUAGUGACCUGAGAAUGUUGGUUUUUUCAGAUUGUAUCUGAUAGGAUGUCAAUCACAAUGCUAUCUAUUACUGUAAUCUGUUUUACUAGUAAGAGGGGAAAUAAUUUUAGUUUUGAAUUUUCCUAAUCUCAUUAAAAAUGCUUAGUGAGUUGUUAGAUGGAAUUUGAUAGAAAUGGUAUUCAUUUAAAUUAGCUUUCAGCAAUGGUUACUUUGGUAGAUUCUCAGUAGUCAAGGCAUGGGCAACCAACCAUGACAGGAAUAAUAUGUACAGAUAUAUAUGUGUGUGUGUGUUUGCUUGUUUGUUUGUAAAAAUAUAUACUGCUGUAUCAUAAAACAAACUAAAGUAGUUUUUUAUAUGAAUUGGAUUAGUCUUUGGGCAAUCUUGACAUUAUUUCUGCAGAGUUUCAUAUUUUAACACUUUAUUAAAAUGUUAUAUCACUUUCCCCCAAAGUUCAUAACAGUGUUCAGCCAACCAAAAAUAUUUAGCACUAUUAAAUUACCAUCCAAGAAACAAAGUACAUCAGAAAACCCACAGUGCCAAUCAAAGACCUGAUAAUUUUUAUUUUUAUUUUUUUAAAAAUCACAACCCUGAGAGGAAGCCUGUCUUAGAACUUCUAGGAUGAAGUUCCACAUUUUGGACAGGAGUCACUGAAAAGUCUCCAGCCCUGGCAGUCACUGACUAAACCUCUUAGUGGUGAUCAUUCAUAUAAUAGCAUGCAUAGUUUGUGUAUGUGAGUGUGACUUGCAUUUGAAAUGGAGGAUACCUACUCAUUUAUGCUUGUAUGAUUGUCCUAAAUACUGUUGAAACUAAUACAUAUCCAAGAACUGGAGCCUGAGAACUGCCUGCAGGAGGGCUGGCUAGAAAGUGAUUUCCCCCAACAUUACCUCCUUCCCUGAGCAGCCCCUAACCCCUCUGAAAAGAGCCCUAAAUGGCCUCAGCCCAGUAUACCUGAAGGAGCGUCUCAACCCCCAACGUUCAGCUCGGACAGUGAGGUCCAGCUCUGAGGGCCUUCUGGUGGUUCCCUCACUGCAGGAAGUGAGGUUACAGGGAACCAGGCAGAGGGCCUUCUUGGUAGUGGUUCCCACCCAGUGGAACGCUCUCCAAUCAGAUGUCAAAGAAAUAAACAACUAUCUGACGUCUAGAAGACAUCUGAAGGCAGCCCUGUUUAGGGAUGUUUUUAAUGUUUGAUGUUUUAUCAUGUUUUUAAUAUUCUGUUGGGAGCCGCCCAGAGUGGCUGGGGAAACCCAGCCAGAUGGGCAGGGUAUAAAUAAUAAAAUAUUUUCUAUCUAUCAUCUAUCCAUCCCACAACUGCGGGACACUCCUGACUAGCAUGUGCUGUAGUGGUGGAGAGAUUUGGAGAAGUUGUGAGGAGAUUGUAUAGAGGCAGUGUCUGUGAGCAGGACAUAAAGUGUCUCCACAAAAUCUGGCAAUUGUUCUAUUCAGCAGGGUCCCAGAAUCCUUUUGGGGAGAGGGUUCUUUUCAGAGGGCCUGAGAGAAGAGGAGAAGGUAGGAAAGUCCCCUUCUGCCAAUUUCCUUCCAUGGGCAGAUCUCUCCCACUGCAAUGCUUGAUUAAUGCAUGUAGGUAUUUGCAUGUGUUAAUUCAGCUAAAGUACUGAAAUAAAAGUAUGAAUAUGUUAUAAAACUGAAAUAUGCACAUUUCAAGAGACUAGAUCAUUUGUGGUUUGGUAAAAGCUUGAUGUUUUGGUUCUUUUUAGGUACGUGAUGAUGUGUACCACCACAUCCUAACAAACAACCUCCCUAACAUCUUGAAGUAUGGCAACAUUACAGCAUUAACCCAACUGUGGUACACAGGACAGAUCACUAAUUUUGAAUACCUCACUCAUUUAAACAAACAUGCAGGCCGUUCCUUCAAUGAUCUUAUGCAGUAUCCAGUAUUUCCCUUUAUACUUUCCGACUAUAUUAGUGAAACACUGGACCUCAAUGAUCCAUCUGUUUAUAGGUAAUAAGAAAUAUCAUGAAUUGUUUCUUUUAAAGUAAUUUACUAAAUAUGCCAUCUGCUGUAGAAUUAAUAUAUUUUUGUUAAUAAACACCCAUUGUAGUCAUUGUUGUGUUUCUUGACUACAGCAAGUGUCCGUAAUUUAUGGAACUGACAAGCUGCUAAUAUUUGUAUAAUUUCAGAAAUUUGGUCAAACCCAUAGCUGUACAAUCAAAAGAAAAGGAAGAUCGUUAUGUGGACACUUACAAGGUAUUAAGAUAUCUAAUGCAUUAUUGCUUAGUGCCAGCCUGGUAUAAAAGGAGAACUAUUGACUUUGCUUUUCAUUCUGCAAACAUAGGCAUACAUUUCCAGUUCAACUGAGUGAAAGGAAAUAAAACAUUCAUAACCCAACAUUCCUCCCUAUACUGGCCUUUGUGAAGAGACCAGCAAGUAUCUUAUCCGCUAAACCAGGGCUGAGGUACCUCAGGCCUGUGGGCCAAUCUACCAGGUGGCCCAGUUUGGCCCGCAAGACCAUAUUCCCCAAACCACACUCAUCUGUCAAUCAGCUGACAUCACUGUAUGACUUCAGCUGAUGAACCAAGAUGUUUAGUCCUGGGGGAACACACUGCAGAUCCCUGUAGAGAGCAAGAUUGAAUUCUUAAUUCAUCAGCUGAUGAGUGGAAAGUUCAGUCCUGCUGCGUGCUGCAACAACAGCACAUUUUCUGCAGGGAAUGUGCUGGCGAAAUAUACCUUUGACCCAUGCUUGUCAUGUUAUCGUGUCACCGGCAAGGUGGAUAGUCCCAACCACCUGCCAAAUUUGGGCCUUUCACUUGAUCCAGCAGGAUUCUUCUCAUUUUCCUGUGUACUUCUACUAUAAGCUUGCCCAAAGUUUUUUUUUUAACUGGAUAGGGGCGUAUUCCAGAUAGUUAAAAUAUCAGAAGCCUAAUGGCAUGACGCGGGUGGCGCUGUGGGUUAAACUACAGAGCCUAGGACUUGCCGAUCAGAAGGUCAGCGGUUCGAAUCCCCGUGACAGGGUGAGCUCCCUUUGCCCUGUCCCUGCUCCUGCCAACCUAGCAGUUCGAAAGCACGUCAAAGUGCAAGUAGAUUAAUAGGUACUGCUCCGGUGGGAAGGUAAACGGCGUUUCCAUGCGCUCCUCUGGUUCGCCACAUGACCCGGAGGUUGUACACCGGCUCCCUCGGCCAAUAAAGCGAGAUGAGCGCUGCAACCCCAGAGUUGGCCACGACUGGACCUAAUAGUCAGGGGUCCCUUUACCUUUACCUAAUGGCAUGAUACCUCUGAAUUGGUUGUAGGUAAAGCCUUUGCCCACCAACCAAAGGGAGCCUUCAUGAUACAGGUGGAUGGAUUGAUUAUAGUUUGGUGUAGUUUACAUAGGGACAGGACUGUGUGUCCAUUUCCAUGUGGAUUUUGGAGAAGCAUACCUAUGUCCAUAUGUUCUCCCUUUUGCAGUAUUUAGAAGAGGAAUACCGUAAAGGAGCAAGAGAAGAUGACCCAAUGCCCCCUGUGCAACCUUAUCACUAUGGAUCUCAUUACUCCAAUAGUGGAACUGUACUUCACUUCUUGGUUAGGAUGCCUCCUUUCACAAAGAUGUUCUUAGCUUAUCAAGGUAAGAAUUGCUUUAGAUUUUCCUAUAUACAUUUAAUUGAUCAUUUAUAUGGAAGCUGUUCGUAUUUAUCGCUGUUUCGUUAGCCAAAUGUGGCUAUUAUGAUAAUAUCUGUUAUGAAUUUGGUAUGUGUAGUACAUUUAUAUAGCUUUGGACAUUUUUAUACUGGUGCUUUGAUAGUAUUGUAUGACAAAAAAACCCAAUCCAUUUUGGUUCUGUUUUGCCCUAUUACAGGGUUCUAUAAAUGUAUAGCUCAUGCAAUGUGUUCUUUUCUGUAGUAUAACCAGUUUAAUUUGACUUCAUUUUACAGACCAGAGCUUUGACAUUCCAGACAGAACCUUCCACUCCACCAACACAACCUGGCGCCUUUCAUCUUAUGAAUCCAUGACUGAUGUAAAGGAGCUUAUUCCAGAAUUUUUUUAUCUUCCUGAGUUUUUGGUUAACAGAGAAGGUGUGUUGGGGUUUCGUUGAGUAUAAAAUUGGGAGGAGAGGAACAUUGUGUAGGCAGCUCUGAGCUGCUUGAAGGGAAGAGUGGGUUGCGAACAUUUACUUGCAUUGGGUACUCAAACCCAAGCCAACUACUAUAAACAAGGCUUUAUAUUUGUAGGAUUUGAUUUUGGGGUGCGUCAGAAUGGGGAAAGAGUGAACCACGUGAAUCUCCCACCUUGGGCUCGAAAUGAUCCCCGACUUUUUAUCCUGAUCCACCGUCAAGCUUUGGAGUCGGACCAUGUUUCCCAGACAAUCUGCCAUUGGAUUGAUUUAGUGUUUGGGUAUAAGCAAAAGGGCAAAGCUUCAGUUCAAGCUAUCAAUGUCUUUCACCCUGCUGUGAGUACCUUUCCCCCCGUAAAUCAAUUUUUAUUUAUUGUACAGAAUCACUGGAUGUUGUAUUUGUAGAACGUGUUACAGGACACUCCCCGACUUCCUCUUGUGAAAGUUAGUUCAGGCAUUGGGAAUUGCCCUACAUCUUCCUCUGUGAGGAUAGAUGCAAAUAAUUCCUUGAGCUUCUUGGCAAUCUCCUUGACCAUUUAUUAGUGCAUCUUCGACUCCUACUAGGCAGCACCAGGUCCUCAGGGAAAGACCCUGCACCCUAAAGACCUUCCUGUAUUCAGCUAACUCUUAGUUUACUCUGCCAAGGUGUGUGAAUUCAGCCCCCACUAAAGAAACAUCCACCAACCAUUUUGGGUCAUUAAUAGGCAGUGUGCCUGACAAAGGAGUAGCUGGCCUGCAGCCAUAGUGCAUUUGUCUUGUUAGUUUAAAAUUAUGAUCUUGUGUAAGAACAUUACUUGUCAGUCUGCAGAUUUGGUAUGCUUUACCUAAGCUUAGUAUUGUGCUUCAUUACUCGAGAGUUUUGUCUAAUCCAUGUCUCAAACACAUGCAGAUGUUAAAUGCAUCAGACUGUGCAGCAAGAACCCCCCCUUUUUUGUCUUUUCAAUAGAACAUUAUAUUCUUGUAUUUGGCUCACAUUUUAGACAUACUUUGGAAUGGACGUGUCAGCUGUAGAAGAUCCAGUUCAACGAAGAGCCCUGGAGACUAUGAUAAAAACAUAUGGACAAACCCCUCGCCAGCUGUUCCACACCGCACAUGUCAGCAGACCUGGAUCCAAACUCAUUAUGGAGGGAGAGCUCCUUGCUCCCAUGGGGCUAUUGGUGCAGCUUGCAUUCAGAGACACAAAGGAGCAAACUAAAGAGAUCACAUAUCCGGUAUGUCAGAGUGAUUCAUAAGGCUGCUUAAUAUUAAUUAAUAUGUGGCAGCUAGUGUGUGGGGUUUUUUUGUAGGGGAGUAUCUGGAAGAUUCCCCUUCUUUCUAACCAGGGAAGGGGAUCCUGUGGCCUUUUAGGUGUUCUUGGACUCAUGUUCCCAACAGCCUCAGCAGCACAGUCAGUGUUUGGGAAUGGUGGGAGUUGUAGUUCAUCACCAAUUGCGGGGGGGGGUACACAUUCCCUACCCUAAUACUAAAGUUUCUAUCUGUCUGAAAAUCACCCUCUUAUAUUUCACGCUGUUUUCCUUUGACAAGGAGAUAUUUCAGCUGGACUGCAAAGCAUCAAGUAAUCUUUCAUGUUCCUGAUUACUUGAUCAUUUUAUUUUCUCGUGUAUUAUUAUACAGGAAUCCAUGUCAGUGUUGACCAGAGAGUCCACAGAUUUUCCUUUAAAAGGAAAGAAGAAACUCAUGUUUAAAGAAAGCGUUCACUGAUACUAAUCUCCAAAUGUUGUCACUACGUUUCUUCACAGAAAUGCUUUAUCAAAACCUGAGAUGAUUAGAUCACACACUUUAUUUUCCCCAAGAAUGUAUUUUACUUACUCUAAAAACAUUCAGCAUACCUAAUUCUCAAACUCCAUGUGGCUUAAAACUCACAACACAAAAAAUCUAAAAUAAUAAUAAAAUCCACAUUAAAACCACAAAUUUUAACAAACCACAGAUAUUAACAUCAAAUCCAAGCCCCCAUUAACACACACACACCCCGGCAAAACAGCUACCAGGCUACCCAAAGAUAAACCAGCAAAAAGGGAAGAAUAUUGUAAAAGCCUUUUAGGGCAGCUAGGUUUUUGUCAGCACUGAUAAGGUCUGGUAUACCUCACUUGGCACAGGGCACCUCAACAGAAGAGGCUCUAGCUCUGGGUAUUGCCUGUUGUGCUUUUGGAGAUGAGGGAUAUGAGUUAGGGCUUCAAGAUGAUGCUAUUCCGAAAAUGGAAAAAAAAUAAAGAUUUGAUAUAAUCUACCUUUAGCAAACUCUUAGGCCUGGCUCAGAUGUAAUGAUCCAAGUGCGGUUUAUCAGCCUGGAAACAAGUCCCGUGCUUUCAUGCUCCUUCUUCAUGCCUCUCUUUCCAGCCUUCAUUUGCACCCUGCUUCAGAAACACUUUCCUAGUUUCUUAAACUACAGUAUCUUGUGAUUCUAAAUUGCGAGACUGAUUUAAGGGCUUGCAAACCAGGAAAUAAGCUAGGAUUGGCCAUUCCAACCCAGUAAACCAUGGUUUAGCUUAGCAGUUUGGAAUUGUUGCAUCUGAAUUUUGCCCUUUUGUCUUACACUAUUCCGUGCUUCUAUUUUUCCUUUGGUAUUUGUUCUAAAACCUUAUAUAUCAUUGAAGCUACCUUUGGAUAAAUACCAGUUUAAAAUUUAUGUAUUUUAAAGAAAAUUGCAUUCAGCUUGAGAUUUAAAAAGCUUAGCUAUAAUGACUGUUUAAAAUGUGUUAGCUGACAGCUGUUUUAUUUCAUUAUCUCUUAGAGUCCUUUACCUUGGAUUAAAGGCUUGAAGUGGGGGGAAUAUGUAGGUUCCCCAAGUGCCCCUGAUCCCCUUGUCUGCUUCAGCCAACCGCAUGGAGAAAGGUUUGGCUCCCUGCAGGCUCUGCCAACAAGAGCAAUUUGUGGUUUAUCCCGGAAGUUCUGUCUUCUGAUGAUCUAUAGCAAAGAGCAAGGUAAGGGUGCUCAGUGGUCUCUGCAGUAGCAUUGCAAAAAAGAUUUCAUGCUGCCAGCCUAAUUGUCUCAACUGCUCUGCUGUCCAGUCUCUCACUCGUUCAAAGAUUGCAGCUAAUAUAAUGCUGAGGCCUGACUCAUAUGUUACCUGGGUGGAAUAAUUGCUGCUGAGAUCUCAAAGUGCAUGGGAGAAGAACUGUGUGGGAAGCAGUUUGUGAAGUGGCUCCCAUGUGAGUUGGAGCAAUUUUAGCCACAUCUACAGAUCCAUCCAGAAAUAAGUGGUUCUGCAGAUGUACUAAGAAUCUGCUCCAAAGUCACUUCAUGCAGCCAGUUUCCUAUGUGGUUUGAGAUCUCUCUAGCAAUUGUACUGCUCUGAUCGCAUGUGAAUUGGUCCCAGUAAACUUGUUAAACAAGGAUUCUUCACUGUGGGAAGUGGUUUUUAUGUUUAAGAAACUGAAGAAUUUCAAGUGUGUCUGUUCUCUACCAAGUUCAGGGUUUGAUAUUUGGAUAUACAGCACAGACAAAAUUAAAAAUAACCACAUUAUUGAAGGCAGAGGUGGAGAAACUCGGAUCCAGGGGCCAAAUACGCCUUCCCAGACUGUUUUGUAAGGCCUAAAGUAAUCUCCCUUGGCGACAGCCCACACUGGCUUCACCAGGAUUUUUGCUUUGCUGGAAUAUGACCUUCAACUCUGUUAAUGCAAAGAUAACACCCACCUUUGCCUGUGUCCCACAUGCCACUAGCAGGUGGCCCACAAAAGGUUUCUUAGCAGGGAAUGUGUCCCUCCCAUUUGAAAAGGACUCCCUACCCCCUGAUUUUAAGACUUUAUUGGAAAGUGUCCAUUUGUUGCUCAGACAUUCAAACAGUGGAAUUUAAAAUCAAAAAAUAGAUACAUAAUAUGUGUCUUUUUGUUGUAGACUAACACACUGUGAGUUUUCUACUUAAUCUGAAUGUCCUGACUGCUGUUACAGGUGUAAGAAGCAUGCACAGUACAGAUAUCCAGUGGUCAGCCAUUCUGAGUUGGGGAUAUGCCGACAAUAUACUGAGACUGAAAAGCAAGCAAAGUGAACCUCCAGUGAACUUUAUACAGAGCUCACAGUUUCAUCAGGUAAAAGCCAUUUUUAUUUCCCCUCUUUUCACCUAUAGAAUGCCAUGUUUGAAAAACAGUGUUCAUCUGUGGCAGCGAAACCAGACCCAUAGCAUCUUAGAUGAUAUGCUGGUUCAAAGAUAAUCUCAGUCUAAUGAUUUAUGUCCAAGAAAUCAGUCUAAUGAUUUUGUCCAGAUGCUUGCCGUUCUUGCCCCUCUCCUCCCAUUACUUGUCUCACUUUGGCACUUCUGUAAUGGCUUGUUAAAAUAUUGGUUUCCUAUUCUAUUAAGAUCAGGAAACUGGUUUAAUCUCUGUUUGCUAACCACAAACUGAUCCCUGAUAUCAUAUCCUUGUUUUUUAACAGAGAUUAAACCACAAUUUCUUGGUUUUGAUGUUAUGAGAAACUGUGGUUUAUUAAACCCAAGAUGGAGGCCAAUCAACCAUGUGUUAUGGUGUGAAAGGGAUGAGGGAGCAUGUGAGCACAGUGUUAUGACUAAAUUAGGCCAAGACCUAAUACACAUAUUAUUAUAACAUGAGCUUUUAUGGACUGCACCCCACUUUAGACAGUGUUCAUCCUCAGGUGGCAGCUAUAUAUUUGUUAGUGGGGCCAAAAGGCCACACUGGAAAUCCGGCCUUUCUUAUUGCUGUUUCUUAUGAAUGUGUGUGAGCAGGUCUGCAACUGAAGAAAUGGCUUCUCAUCCAUGAGGGCUUAUACCACUAUAAAUCUAUUAGUCUUACGUUCAUGUCCCUGAUUUUCCUGGACUUCUGCUUCCUCUGGAUUAUAGAGAUGUAGAUAAACCUGCUAACUCUGUGAGCAUUUCUUCUAGUAGUAUUUGUUUACUACGUUUCUGCCCUGCCCUUCCUCCUCAAGGUAGCCCAGGGCAGCAAACAAGCAAUAAAACAAUGCAACUAAAACAAAACAUACUUAUCACAUUAAAACUUUAAGAACAUCUAAAAGCAUUUUUAAAUGGUCACAUGCCCUCAUAAUUAAUAAUUUCAAGGUUGCCAAGAACAGUCUUUUUCAGCCGUCAAAUGCCCGGGCAAAUAGGAAUGAUUUUACUUUCCUCCUGAAUGUGCAUAAUGAGAAAGACCAAGACCAAGAGAGACCUCAUUAGAGAGGGAAUUCCACAAACAGGGAACUGCCACCAAGAAGGCCCUGUCAUAGGUUAGCACCAGCCGGGCCGUACCCAGUGAUAGCACCAUGAAUAGGGCCUCCCUACCAGUCAUCACUUGACUUGUUCACUUCAGCAAGACUAUAGGAAAAUGAUUGUUUAUAAAUCUAUGGCCUUUUAAAUUGUGUUUGUUUGUUUGUGUGUGUGCAUUAUUGUUUUCGUUUGUUACUAUGUUAUGCAUUAUUGUGUUUUUAUAUUGUAAACUGCCCUGUGAGCCCCGAAUGAAGGGAAGUAUAGGAAUUUAACAAAUAAUGAAGACAGCUAUUUACCACUGUUAAUAUGAAUGAAUAUGAAAUCCAGAAAAGGUAAAGUAAUUGAACCCAGUUAGGUUCAUGUGCCGGCCUGCCGGCCUGCAAUAGGAUUUUCUGUUUUUUGAGGCGCAGCUCCCUCUGCACAGCUCUAGAAACUACUUCUGGGCUCCCCCCACAAGGUUUGGAUUCAGCUUCCUUUGUGGUAUAGAAUAACUGCUUUCAGAUUAUGAAAGCAAGGAGCCCUGCUGUGCUGGGUGGCUUUGCACCCUCAUUAACCAGCUGUAGGUUUCUCUGUGAUUAAGAGAGCUUUAGCCAAUGCACUUCCAAAAACCGCUAAAGAACUGAAAAGUGUGGGGUGUCUGUUCUGCAGUUAUAAGCCACCUUGAAGGGUCUUUGAGAUGAACAGCAGGGCAUAAACUUAAUAAAAGCAAAAGUAGUGUGGGAUACUAUUUAAAUGUCUCUCACUUUUUCUUUUAUGCAAGGUAACAAGCUGCGCUUGGGUGCCUGACAGCUGUCAGCUUUUUACUGGCAGCAAGUGCGGGGUCAUCACAGCAUAUAUGAACAGAUUCACUAGCAGCACAGUAAGUAAAUGAAAGAGAAAUAGUGACUAGUUAAAAGCCUGGCUAUAGUAAAUCGUAUUUAUUUUUCUCUCUAUGAUUAUAAAAACAAUAAUACAAAGAGAAAUCAUCUUAGCAAGAACUGAUCCCCCCCUUGCCUUUUUUGUUGCUGUACCAAAUUGGUUUUCUGAUUGGGCUGCAUCGUCUAGAAAAAUGUUUUAUCAUUGCUUAGAUUGCAAAAUGCUUCCUCUUUUUUGUGGGUUUGCUAGAUAAAUGAAGGUUUGGAGCCUAGUUCCAUGUGAUGCAGGAGAUCCAUGAUUAGAUCUCAUUUUUAUUUUACAUCAAUUACAGAAGUUAAAAUUUUAAAAUAUUGUUUGUGGUAAAUGAGAGUGGUGCUUUAAAGACCAGAAAAUAAACUGAUACAGCAUGGGCUUGUAUUUGGUCUAUAAAUGCUCUCAACCUAAAUGUGGGCAUUUCUCCCAUUCCCUUCUGCUCAGGUGUGACCAUCUUUAUGGGAGUCCCAUAGCUCUGGCAUUUCUACACACAACAGACAGCAUGCAAAGGAAACUUCUGUGUCUAGUCUGCUUCUCAAAAUAAGGCCAUAUGGUGUGACAGCAUGUUCACUGGCAUCUGUUUUGGUUUCUGCUCCCAGCUGACUAGUUUAGGUGGACAACUUGAUUCGGUGCAGGGCAGGAAAUAAUUAUUACGUAUUUUAUUUGUUAGUUGCUUUUGUCACAGAGUGACCCAAAGCUACUUGCAUUAAAAUCAGUUAAGAACAACAACAUAGUCAUGGGAUUGUAGAGUUGGAAGUGACCAUGAGGGUCAUCUUGUCCAACCCUAGCAAUGCAGAAAUCUUUUGCCCAAUGUGGGGCUCAAACUCACAACCCUGAGACUAAGAGUCUCAUGCUCUACCAACCUAAAAACCUAAAAAAGCACAACUAUACAAACAAAAGGCAGGGCUGCAGAUCCCACCCCGCUAAAAAAGGCCACAACGCCAAUCACGUGUGAAGUAACUCAUACUUAAGAAUGAAAGACAUACAGUGUGGUUCUAAACUAUUUGCGUUGCUGUUUCUACCUGAAAUACCAGCGUGAGAUGGCAACACAGUGCUAUGAUUUCUAACAUAGUGCAGGCCCUAUACCUUUAUCCUGGCACAAGAAAUCUUAGGCUUGGUACAGGAGAGAGACAGGUCUGUUUUUUAAUGGGCUGUUGGAGUCUAGCACCACAUUGAUGCGGCUAGCGUAUCUAAGAAAAGUGUUGGUUCUUGUCUGUCGCCUCUUCCUUCUGUUCUUACCAGCUUCUUUUAUUAUGAUGACGAUUCUGCACCUCAGUUAGUUUUUUGGCUCUUCAGAGAGGAACUAAACAGUAGUAAAGUUGGGCAAGGUUUUAUUUCCUUCUCGCUGCAGUUUGUUCUUAACAAUGGCAAUGUGAAAGACGCAUCUAGAUAUAAAUUAGUCAAGCGACAAUGUGUCUUGACAAAUAAGGCAGCUGUAUAGAGCUUUCCUCUGUGCUAAUAACUAUGUGAGACAUCUGAAGAUGCUACCUUUCAGCGCUAAUACCAUACUACCAUUUGUUUGUCAGCCAAGUAUUCAGGUUGUGUGUGUGUUUUAAGUGGUAUGGAUGCUUUUGACUUGAGCAACCCUCACUUACAUGUUGUUGUUUUGAUAGCUGAAAUGGAAAAACACAACUGUAUAGAAUAGGAGCUAUCAGUGAUGCAAGUGCAAAUCGUUAUUUAAAACAUCUAGACCCCACCCGCUAGCUUAGCAUCAGACCUCGUUUUGCAAUAUAGUUUUGUGCCCUCCUCAUCCCCCCACAUCCCAAUUCAACCAAAGUUGGAACUUAGUGUGUCUUUGUUCCUUUUCAGCCAUCUGAGAUUGAGAUGGAAUCUCAAGUGCAUCUGUAUGGCCAUACUGCAGAGAUCACCAGCUUGUUUGUCUGCAAGCCUUACAGUAUAAUGAUAAGCGUGAGCAAAGAUGGAACUUGCAUCAUCUGGGAUUUGAACAGGUACGAAUAUACUUCAAUAUAUCCUCAUGCUGGCUUGACUGCACCCAACUUCUGUAUUUUAAAUAUUGAAAUAUAAUGUAGGAUUGACUUCUGUUUCAUUUAUCAUAAAAUGGAUGGUGAUAAUUAAGUACUAUCCCACCCGUACUAUAUAAAAAUAUUGUAGUCAGAUAUUCAUAAUUGAUAUUGGAGGCAGGCACAUCAAAUAAAACAUUAAUUGAAAGAUACAGAUACUUUCAACAGCAGUGAAAGCUGCUUCUUUCAUCACUGAACUCUGAUUCUUACAGGCUCUGCUACGUGCAAAGUCUUGCUGGGCACAAGAGUCCUGUAACAGCAGUGUCUGCUAGUGAAACGACAGGUGACAUUGCAACAGUUUGUGACUCAGGUAGGUACCUUCUCAAAAACAGUGCUGUGGUUUGUUUCCUUCCUAUUGGGCAAAGGCAGGUGCAGGACAGACAUAAUUUGAGCAGUGUGUACUGCUGGUUCAAGGGAGGCUAUCAUUUAUUUCAGACUAGCUUACCUUGGUGUGCAAACCAGACUAUUAAAUCAGACCCUGUAGUUCAGUCUAAGCUGAUGGACAAUGGCUUUCCGACUUCAGACAGGAGCCUUUACCACCCCUCCCUGAAGAUGCUAGGGACUGGAUGUAGGACCUGCUGCAUCAAAAGCUAUGCUCUUCCACUGAGCUGUGUGCCCCUAAAGGCAAGAUGCAGGGGUUCUUAUUGGCACAUACUAGCAAAGACUGAUCCACCAAACAGGGCUGAGGAACCAGAACUGGCCAGUGGGCCAGAUCCUUAUCUCGUCCACUGGGAAACUAUGGCAGGUAGGUGGAACCCUCCAUAAUGACACCUGCCAAAGUUCAAAGGAGGUCUCUGUAAUGGCUGGUCAUUGCUUAGAGGAACCUUCUUUGAAGGCGAGCUUUCAGUGCCAAUCAGCUGAAAGAGGCUUCUUUUAAAUGGUGAUCAGCUGAUUGCCUUUUGAAGUUUCUACAGAGAAAGCAGAUCGUAUUCUAAGCGCUGGGAAAAGGGCUUUGAAUACAAACUACUUCCUUUGCAAAGAAAAAAAAAUGCUCACUUUAAAAACAAAUGUGUUGCUUCCCAAGCACCCAAAAUCUGCAAGGGGCUUAGCAAGCCCUGUCUUUGGGGCUUGACAGGUAGGUGUAGGGCUUGACAGGUAGGUGUAGUGGCGUGUGUAGCUCAAGUGGCCUUGUCACCUAAAGGGGAGCUUCAUUUCCCUUUGUUCACCAUUGAAUGCUGUUCUAGAGGGUGAUCCCAACAUUCAGUGAUGGGUUUGAAGGGCUGUGGGGUAGGAAGGUGGGACCAAACACUCUGCAUACCUGUGAUUCCUGGACAUCAUGUUUACUAUGCAUUUUCCUGGGUGAAAUGAUGCUACAUUGUAAAAUCUGUAUGUGUGCGAACACAAUCACACGAAUCUCAAUCUCUCAAAGGUUUAAUGCUUCAGCUAGCUCUUAAAGAGUUUCCAUUAUCUGAAGUUAAGGCCCAAACAUCAGAUUUGUUAUCCAAGAUACUGUAUCAGAAAAAUUCCUGUGGGGGAUAUACAAGCCGAAAUUGCUUUUGUUAAAAUUAUAUCUUCUCCUUGCUUCCUGAUAUUAAAUAACUGGUAGCAUGGGGACUGUAUUAAAAUGUUCAUUAAGUAUACAUGCAAAAGCAAGACAAAUAUCGGUGAUAUUCCCAUUGGCUCUGCAAUAGAAUUAAAACAAGCAGCGUAGGUGUUCCAAAAGAGGAGAUUCCGGAAGAGAAUGUGGAUUAUCUGUAGCUAUUUGUAGGUUACUGCACAUCUCUAGAGACUAAAUUGAUUUAUCAGCAACUCUCUAAAAUCCUAGAGAGAUUAAUGGCCAGUUUACACCUUCAUUUGUUUCCGCUCCUCAGCUUGAGCUAAAGGUAAUAAUGACUCUAGUCACUAGAGUACUUAAAGGUAAAGAGGGGUUGGAGUAGGGAUGGGAAAUGAUGUGUUAUAUAUCUAUAUAUUAGUUUUAACCUGUUCCUUUCCUUAAGGGAUUUAAAGCUAAUCAAUUUUUAAAGCUGCCUGCUUGCCACCUGCCUCUUUAUAAAUUCAUGUUGGAGUUAGAUUUUCUUGCUGUUCUGAUACCUUUCUUAUUUGGUUGAUUGGCUGGUAAAGUUCAAUCAGAAGUCAUGACCCAGAGGUGUGUUGUCUUCAUUUUUUUAAAAAAAAAAUGAAAUAUCAAAUGCUUGUGUUCCUUUUUAUAUAUUUUAUUCUUCUUCCUUUAUAUAUGGGAAAGGGCAUGGAACUAUGUGAGUCACCAAAGCGCUUUCCCCUUAUCAGGGGAAAUAGAUGUCAUUUUUACCUCCCUCCAUGAGGAAUUCAGCACAGCUUUUCAUGCCUAUUGUCUGAGCAAUAGCUGCAGAGUCACAAAAUGCAGCCUGCUACUUCUCAUCAUGUCUACCUGGCCCAUGAACAAUGUUCAAGGCUAAAUUAACAAACACCCCUUGCUCUUUCAAGGGUGGGCACCACAUUACCUUCCACAAGGACCCCAUCUGAAGAUCUCAGACAAAUUACUGGGGGGAGGGGGUCUCUCGCUAUCUGAGCAGAAACUGGAUCACUACCGUAUUUUUCGUUCCAUAAGAUGCACUUUUUUCUUCCUAAAAAGUAAGGAGAAAUGUCUGUGCAUCUUAUGGAGUGAAUGCGUGGUCCCUGGAGCCGAAUUGCCUAGGGGCGAAAAGCAGAUCAUGCUUUUCUUUUUUUUCAUUUUUUGAAAGAGGGAAGUGGGUGUUGAAACAAAGCCGCUGAUCGGCAAGCAAUCAGGAGGGAGAUAAGGCUGCUGGUAAAGGAGGCUGCUGGGGGAGGGGGGGAGGUAAAGACAGCGAACUUGCAGAGAGAGGAGACAGGAAUACUAAAACAAACAAUGAGGAGAGAAAUUAGAAGAAAAGGAGGAGCAAAAAACUGUUCCAGCUAAGAAAAAGACACUAAGGAAAACAAGAGGGGAGAGAGUGUUGAAACAAAGCCGCUGAGCAGCUGAUUGGCAAGCGAUCGGGAGGGAGAUAAGGGACGCUAGAGAUAAAGGAGGCCUCCUGGGAGGGGGCAGGUAAAAGCAUAUGGAUCCUCAGGAUUUUUGCAUUGGGUCACCCCAGAUUCACCAUCAGAUCACAUAGCAUGUCCAUGGCUAUAGCCUUCACCAAAAAAAGCAUGCAUCCACUGUUUCGUGGGGCCACAAUGGCACAAAAACGUGGUUACAAAGCACGAAUCCACAUGGAUUCUCCAAACUCGCCGUCAAAUCACAUGUCUGUGGCCACAGCAUAAACCACAAAAAUCAUACACCCACUGUUUCAUUCAGAAUAUUUUUUUUCUUGUUUUCCUCCUCUAAAAACUAGGUGCGUCGUAUGGAGCGAAAAAUACGAUGUUUGGGGUGCUUUAGUUCACGAAGGCUAGAUCACCUACAAGACCCUCUUUGACUCUGUGAUUCUAUUAAUCUGGCAUUUCAGUUCUGUUUGUUAAUUAGGUGAAGUAAUGGUCAAAUAUCCAUUAUGUCAGUCUGCACACCAGGAAGUGGCUUCACGUAACUUACAUUUUCUUCCAGAUGUUGGAUGCUCUCAUCACACUGAUGUAAUACAAUUGUAAAAGUAGCUGAAGGCGCAUUUCAGAAGGCAAUCUUUCUGCAUUCCCGUUUAGGCCAUAUGAUAUCUCCUGGGGGAAGAAAUAUACUUUUCUCCAGUACAACCCUAAGCAUAGCCUGGUAGGAAGCCAGAAAAUGCAUUGGUUCUGUGCUGACCUUUCCAUCAGUUGGGCCAUUACAUCUUGCAUGUCUUUACUUGGACUGCUGGAAAUAGAAGUUUUCUCUGUUGCCAGUCCUUAUUGUAUCCAUUGAUAUUACGUUUUAAUCGUGCUUCAAACCACUUUGUGAAGUAGUUUGUAUCUAAGAAGCUGUAUGUGAAUGUUUGAAAUAAAAGAAAUGGGAAAAUAUUUGAGAUCCCCCAGAUUAGAGCAAUUUAGGGGUGCCCCUUAUAUUGACAAAGAUGUCCCCCUGCAGUCCAGUAACACCUUCAGUUUGUUAAUGGUUGUUAGGUGUGACUGGUAUUACCUAUUGAUAAUGCUAUUGCUUCUGUGUCAUUUGGAUUUUAUGUUUUUGAGAAAUAGUCAGUACCAGAAAAUGUAAUGUCAGCGCUUGCAUAUGAUUGUAUGCUAGCCCUUCAUUCUUUUGAGUGGUCUUUUGGGUAGUAUAUUGUUUCAUCUAGAUCAUGUUCUGGAUUUUAUUUUGCUAAUGCAGCUGUUCUAUUGCGUUUCAGUUGGUGGUGGCAGCGAUCUGAGACUUUGGACCGUGAACGGUGAUCUUGUGGGACAUGUGCACUGCAGGGAAAUUAUAUGCUCUGUUGCUUUCUCUAACCAGCCUGAAGGAGUCUCUAUCAAUGUGAUUGCUGGAGGGCUGGAAAAUGGAGUUGUACGGUGAGUGGUUACGAGAGACAAUUUUCCUUUUUGAUUGCAAGUGCUCCUUAUAAAAGCUAUUCUUUGGGAAACUCUGUGCCAUACUUCUUUUCCCAUGCAUCUGUUCUGAAGAUGUUAUUUCUGUGGAGCAAAGGGGACAGCUUCCUCCAUACAGUAUCCCUAGUUUCACAGCUUUACAACAAGGUUGUGAAGGAGGGAGGGCGCUCUUGCUUCAGAAGGGACCCAUUUGCAGCAGAUGAAAAGGGUUUCUAAAAAAACCCAGUUUGUCCAUGACACUUGCACUAAAAGGGUAUACAUAUGCAUUAGCGCAGCAAGGUCAUGGGUGCGUCUGAAAAAUGCCGAAAAUCUGCAACACAGGUUUAACCAGAGACUCUGGCAGGACACAAAACGAGAUGAAAGUGCUAGUCUUACAAUACUGCAGCCAAAUCUCUGAAAAUCUGUUUUUGGAUUGUAUGCGGUAGCAGUCAUUCUGUCUUUGUCUUUUCCUUAGGUUGUGGAGCACGUGGGAUUUAAAACCUGUGCGGGAAAUUACAUUCUCUAAAUCAAAUAAACCUAUCGUAAGGUAAUAAACAAACAAACAAGGAAACAAACAAAUGGUUUCAUUUUGGAACACAGCAAUUUACUGUUACGUUUUGAGAACAUGGUUUUCUGUGUAAAUCGAUGCCUUUGAAAUAUGUUUUGCUUACCUUUUUGAAGUUACUAUUACAGAUAAUUUUGAGAAUUCUGCAUUACUGUCCGUUACUGAAUUUACUGUCCGUUUGCAUCUAUUUGUGUUCCCAUUUAGUUUGUGUAGUCCACAUAUUACCCUCAAACAACACCAAUAUCAAUUUCCCCUGUAAAUUUGGGUUUGUCUGAUAUGGGGAUAAUCCAAUAAAUUGGGGAAAAUUGGGCUCACAACUGCUCUACUGAGGGCCGCAGUUGAUCAGUUUUUGUGUUCAGUUGUCAGUACAGUGGUACCUCGGGUUACAAAUGCUUCGGGUUACAAACGCUUCAGGUUAUAGACUCCGCUAACCUGAAAGUGGUACCUCGGGUUAAGAACUUUACCUCAGUAUAAGAACAAAAAUCGUGCGGUGGCUGCGGGAGGCCCCAUUAGCUAAAGUGGUACCUCAGGUUAAGAACAGUUUCAGAUUAAGAAUGGACUUCCAGAACGAAUUAAGUUCUUAACCAGAGGUACCACUGUAUCUGCUACUCCCCUUCCCAUGCCCACGACUUCCUCAGUGCUUUCUUCUUUUUCCUGGCUGUGCUCAUAAUUAUUUCUGGUGCGUUCCUGAAUGGAGGAAUAAAUAUUCUUUCUUUUGAUCUGUCAGAUUACAUAAAACGAGAAAACUGCAGAAGCAAACCACAUAAAAAAAUUUUAGCAGCAAAUAAAUUGGGCAGCAAACUGAAAGGUGUACGCCGAGAAUUUACUUUCAAAAGCCAUUUCUUCUGCAGUGGGCUAGUAAAGGCACGUCAGGAGCGUCGCCACAUAUAUUUCUUUCCAUAGAUAUUUCACAUACAUUUUCUUUUGACCCCUAAGAUUUGCAGGACACCAGAAAACUGCACAAGGAAAUUUAUGGUUGCCUGACUCUGCACUCCAGCACAAGAGGCAGCUGGGAUGGGGGAGUGGGGGGGGGAGAGAAAGCUCACAAAGAAUUAGAAUAAAAUAAGAGUGAGUAUAGACUUGAUGUGCGGCAGUUUUCCUUGGGACCUAUUCAGGGGUGAGGGUGGAGGAGCUGUUGCAAACAUUCCUAACGUUUUUCGGAAUUGAGUGAAUGUACAACGUGCUGUUUUGUACGAGACCUUUUUUUUUUUUUUAGAAAGGCAGGGUAUCAGUGUUGAAAAUAAAUGUAUGUAUUAGCACAGGUAUAUUAAAACUGAGUCCCGUCCCCCCUACAACCCCUUUGAGGAGCAUCCUUAGUGUUAGGGUUUAAAAUUCUCAAUAACCCGUGAGAUGUGACAGAUUUUUUGUUUUGUUUUUCUUUACAGCCUUACAUUUUCCUGUGAUGGCCAUCAUCUGUACACAGCAAAUAAUGAAGGAACUGUUAUCGCUUGGUGUCGCAAGGACCAAAAGCCCUUGAAACUCCCCAUGUUUUACUCAUUCCUGAGCAGCUAUGCAGCUGGCUGAUGGCUGUUCUUCCUCCUUGGCCUUGGUUAUUUUGAAGCGCUUUCAGUCCAGGGUAGAUUAUAGAACUUCUUCUGUUUACCUGGAUCUUGAAAUACUCUUUAACAUCUUCAUGAUAACUGAGAGUAGAUUAGCAAUAUAUCAGUGAAAGGCUGCUACGAAUGCUCACGCACCAGACCAUAUCACUGGUUAUAGGAAACUUCUGGUGUGCUUUUUUUCAGGAGAGAGUAGAAGCGCUAACCCAGAAGUUUAAAUGCUGCAAUGUAUAAUGUAAAAAUAUUUUUACAAAUCAUUUCGUGGACAUGUAUAUUCUAAAUCCUGAAGCGCUAAUGGUGACUUCUGCCCCUUUGUGUUGUAAAAAAAUAAAAUAGAAUUAAAAUACUUCAAAGGUUUAUUAAAAAAAACCAACAAGGUCGGUUUGUGUGUAUAACUUAUUAGUUGACUGUAGUACACCUUUCUCUAGAAUGGACACACCCAGUUACCAGUGUUUUAAAAUUCAAGAACUCAGAUUUGCUUUAUAGAGAAGCAAAUUAACUCUGUAGGUGUCUCUACACCAAUGUUGUUGAAAUACCUGAAGUACAAUUCUAUGAAAUGUGAUUCUAUUUAUUCACUGUCUUAAUUUAUAACAGACCAUAAGUCUAUAGCAGUUUAAGUAUAUAUGGUACCUGUACUUUAAUAGGCAAAACUGUUGUGACAACAUGAAGCAAUACAGAGAUCUUUCAAAAUAAUUUUAAAUUGUAUAAAUCCCAAAGACUGGAACAUCUUGUGGUUUAUACUCUGGACAUCAAGAAUGGGGAAGCAGAAGCAGAAGUAUGCUUCUAUUUGUCAUGUAAUAAUUGUAAAAACUCUGUAAUGGCGGAUGGGGAGGGGAGCAGAAUUAUGGCAAUCUGGCUAACUGAGCAAUUCUGUUAAUUCAGAUAUUUAAACUCCACCAAAACUAUUUUUUUCCAAUUCAGUUUUAGCAAUGGUAGGGGGUUGAAAAAGUAUAAAUAUCAUAAUUGUGUUAAAAUAAUUUUGAUUUGUUUAAAAACUGCCUGAAUUACAUUUUAAAAUAUAUCUGUAUGAUACUAAUGAAGAGUUACAUGCACAGAACAUGAACUCACAGAAUAGGAACUCAUAUGUUUUCUUUUAAAAUUAUGCAUUUAAACAUAAUUAUGACAUUUUCAGCAUGACUCCCCCCCCUUGUUAAAAGCAAAUUGUAACAAUAUUUACAAUUAAUAGUUAAAUAUGUAAAGCCUUUAACAUUCAGUUUAUAAAAUUCUGAAUCUUAAUGGCUUUCUCAUGUGACUAGUUCAAUAAAUAAGUUUAUUUAAAUUUCUGAUAUACAUGUGGUAUAAAUGCAUCUACUCUCUUUCUUGGGGAAAAGCAAAUAAGCCCAGAAUUCCAUAGAGAUGUAUUAACUUAUACAUUUUUCCAUAAUCUACAUCUUUCAUUUUGUUCUUCCCUUUGAUGUUUCUUUUGCAUGUGCCUCUUUUAAAAGCAUCACGAAAACUGUAACUGGUCACUUCAUAAAUAUGCAAUUGACACCCUUUUUCUGCUCAUUCAAAUAUAAAAUUGUAGGAGUCUUGAAGCUUUCAGAAUUGUUUCAGAAAAUUCAUUUGGAAAAAAAAGUAUUUCUGAUUAAUCCAGAAUCUAAAAAAGCACACUAGGCAUGGUGUGUGAAUAUAUGUAUGUCUCUUCCUAGUCUUUUCCCAACUUUAUGCUGAUGUUACAUUAACACCUAUGGAUUUCCACAUUUAAAAUUGCAAAAGGAAAAUGCAUUUUGGUUCGCAUUUCAAUCAUGUUUACCAUCUAAAAACAAGGACUUAUACUGCAAUGGUGUGCUUGAGGUAACAUCUUUUUUCAUUGUGCUUGAGGCAUUUUUAAUUGCUUCUACAUUAGGAUACAAAAUAUCACUUAUGAAGUCUUACUUUUAGGACAUUAUUAUAAAUCUUAAAUAUGCAAAACAACUGACCUUGUGAGAUGCAGUAUUUUUAUGCAGAGCUAUAAGGUUUUUGGAUAGAAUUAUAUUUAUUCAGCAUGGUAGCUUUGUUCUGGAAAUCUUAAUAACACCUCAUGAGGUUUAUGCAUACAUUGAAUACCCCUGUAAAUAAUAAUAUAAUUACAGUAUAUUUAUGUUCACUGCACCUAUACUGCUGAGUAAUAAAGUAUUUCAUACAAAUAUAGAUAAGGCAUUAAUAUUAUACAGAUGAAAACUAGAGUCCACAAACCUCCACAGGGAUUCUAGGUAUGUUUUCUUCUUCUUAACUCACAUUACUUAUUUCAGUUGUUAUUGUGUUUACAUUUGCUGCAGUGCCAUCUCCUUCUUAGGACCAGUUAAAUGCAAAAAAUAAAUUACUGUACAGAUCUUCAGUAUUGUAAGAUAAUUCUACUUUGCCCAGAAACUAUAACAAGUGAGCCCUGUUCUUAGCUGUCAAUUGUUCCCAGAUGAUUGUUAAAGAGAAUUGAUCAGGGAAUUCUCAACUUCCCCUUUCCCCAAACACCAUACCCGCCACAUCAACUCACUCUUAUGCUGUUUUGACCUGAUGUUGGCCAUAUGUUUCCCAGAUUGCACCUUUUUUGGUCAAAUUACAUUGUGAAAAUAAAGGUGUGCAUUAGAUUCGAUAGCACACUGACAUUAGCCAGCAAAUUUUUUAUUUUUAUUUUUUGGUUUCAAGGUUCUGAAAAUUGAGGUGCGCAUUAGAUUUGAUGGUGCAUUAGACUCGAGUACAUAUGGUAUAUCAGUUAAAGAACUGAAACUACCAGACAUAGAACUGCAUUCAAGAAGUUAUAUUUGACAGUUUGGUAAAAUUACAACAAUAAAACAAGAUAGGUGUGAAUUUAGCUAAUUAGAAUUAAAAUGUACGUUAAAUGGAAUUAAAUGGUCAUGAAUCUGAAACACUUUAGACAUUUUACGGUUGUGUCAUAUGGCUAGCUCCAGAUUUGACAACAGCAAAUGAUCUCACUCCACAGAUAAUUCAACCCCAACAUAUAUAAAAAAAAUCUCUCCUUGGAAGGAGCACUUGACAAAGACAUUUUGAUUUUUCUGGCUAUAUAAAAUUUUGUUUUCAGAAGUGCAAUACAUGUUGGGUGCCUGAGGUAGAAAAUCCACGUUGCACUGCUCCCUAAAGCAGGGCACAACCCAUCAAAACCGGGCUUGUGAGCAAUUCCAUUCACUUCAGAACUUCCUAUUGGACUGUGCCCUGAAAAUCGGAUCUAUCUCCCGCCCAUUAUGCUAGUCCUUUGGCCUACAACUCCCUGCAGCUCCAGCCACCACAGACACAAGGUUGGCAAAGGCUUCACUGUACCAGUCUUAACAAAAGUCGGUCUGCUACCUGAGGCGACCACCUAAUUUUGCUUCAUUGUGGGGGCUACAUCUUUGGGGCUGCAUCAUCUCUGUGAGUUCUGUUGUUGUAAUAAUACAGUUUUUGGGGCAUUUUACUUCACAGACCCCUUUCAACCAGUCAGUCACAGCUGUGUUUUCCUCUUUUCUACUCCUGCCUCCCGCACCAGCACAGUUAUAAUAAAUAGGGCUUUCAUGUAUGUCCUACAUGGGGUUGGCCAAAGACAUAAUUGUUGCUUCAGGUGAAGAACAAGAGGGUGUCUCCUCCUGUUCCAUAUAUCCAUAUACAGAAGCUGCUUGGGCUGGCAGUUGAAAUCCGUUCCAGACAACCUCAGUGCCUGGAGACAGACAGUUAGGCUGUGCAUCCAUAGCAGAGAAGGAAUGACUGCUAGAAGGAAUGCAGGGCAGAAGAAACGCCAUGGUGCAUCUCCAGCAGCACAACCGGAUGCCUUCAUCUGCCCCAGCUGCAACAAAACAUGUCUCCCACAUUGGUCUCUACAGCCAUGGCAGGAGCUCUAAAUUUCCAACAGUUUGACAUCAUCUUCCAUUGUCUCCCGAGGCAGACUAAUGCCAACAAGAAGUGAGGAGAGAGCAUCUUCCACACCUAACAUUAGGCUGGAUUUGGGAACCCAGGCAUGGUUAUAGUGGGGAAUGGCUGGGGCUCAGGAGGAAUAGCCAGAAGCUGCUACUCUUGGCCCUAAUGUCACAUCCUCACCAUCCAUUUGGGCUUUCCCCAAAGAACUUUGGGAGCUGUAGUUCCCCCCUUACAUAGCUGUAAUUCCCAACUCCCCAUUAGUUAAGAGCGUUGUAACAUUUUUUGGUUAACGCCAUUAUUUUGCGGAGCCUCCAUCAGCGUUCCCUGUAGUAGUAUGAAGAGUAGAGGCACCUUAAUAACACAUGGUGUUAAAACCGUUGCCAAGGUCCUCUGUGCUUGGAGCGUGGCUAACAAAAUGUUUUAGGAACGCUUCUUUGUCCUUCACACUUUUUCGUGUUCGCUAUGGGAACCAUCUGUAUAUCACUGGCAAACACGAUUCCUUCUCAAAGUGUGAAGCAGCUCUUACUCACCCCUCACACUUGUCAUGUUAAAUUACAGAUUGAGAUGGGAUGACCUUUCCCUAUUAAUCAAAUCCAAAUCGGUUUGUGACACUGUUACUAUGAGCAAUAUUCUUUUGCUGGUCCCCAGUUAACCCACAAGUGUGUCAUCCCGAAUCCGCCCUCCCCCCCCCCCAUGUGCAAAAGUGAACCCGUGAACACCUCUUUCAGGGCCCACUCCAUGUGACGGAAUACAGCUUUAUUUGGUUAUUUAAACGUUGGGAUUGGUUUAGUGCCUCUUUCUUUCUGCCAGUUCAUACCAAAAUAACAUGGCGGCCUAUAUAAACAGUAAACUCUAUGUUAGCUUUCAUGGGUUGGAAGGAAUUCCUAGCGUUCUUCCCUAUUUCUAGGGAAAUUUCUGCGUUGCUUAAGAGGCAGAAACGUUGCUGGGAUGGGCAGAGAGAGAGAGAGAGAGAGAGAGAGAGAGAGAGAGAGACAGAGAGAGAGAGACUCUGAUCACUUUAAUUUGCGCGAUGGAAAUUCACACACGUUUCUCUCUUCCUACAACACGCGACACCCCGCAGACGGGCUGCCCUCAUUAAAUAAAAGAUAUAUAUAUAUUUAUAUACACAUGAGAAGCCAGGAGUAGCUAGUAGGUAUGGAAGCGCGCUCUUUCUUGCUCUCCCACCCAACUCCAUUGACGUCACGAGCUGGAAUUCCUUUCCGUCGGGGGUGCGCGCGCGCCCCCGCCUGCCUUGCUCAAAGCCUGCGAAGAGCUUGGCUGGGCUCUCCCGUCGCAGGAGGGCAGGCGGCUGAGCAACCCCGCGGGUCCCGCCGGGUCCCUUUCCGGGAGGAAGGCGCGUCUAGCAGGGCGUGGUGGGCCGGCCGUGCUCCUUCAAACCCCCCGCGCCGGACAGGCAUGUGGCGCCUCGACGCGAGCCUGGUUGUAGCCGGGGCGUGAGGUGCCCGCUUCGCGCUGCUCCGCCGUCGAGUCCCUCGGACGGUCCCGAGCCUCCGUCGUCGUCUGCAAGGGGUGAGUCAAGGAAGGAAUGGAAAUGGGAAAGUAGGCAAGCAAAGGAAAGCAGCAGACCGCUAGGCUGGGUCGGUGUCUCGCCCAAUCUGGGGCGGGAGUCGGAGACUUCCCGGGGCGCAAGCUUCAGGGAUCCCUUCGCGUGGGUUGGUUCCAGCGUUUGUCGAUCUCGUGUUCUCUGUGAUGGGCGAGGGAGCAACAUACUGCAAGGUGUAUGAGUGCCUGUUAGUCCUUAUAGACAGAUACGCCUGUGAGACCCGGGUCCUGCGUGCAUGUAAGAAAAUCAUAUUUUAAUCACUCGCACAUCUUACAGGGUUGACUUCAAGGAUACUCUGCUUAUCCGCAAAUGUGGUAACUUGGGAAGGAACUACUGAAUAAUGGGAUAGUCUUUCCAGGUGAGAGUAGUGUUCUACCUAAUCCUAAAGGUAAUGGCUCCCUGGGAGUAGGAAGAUGGAUUGACAAGGAAAAAUAGUGGGGUGUAAGCUGCCCGAUCUUGAAAACAUGUAUUUCCUGGCAUCAGAAAUGGGUGGUUGGGCUAUGCACUCUGUACUUGCUCUGAAACAUACUUUUCCAUUGUGCACAUGUUUCUGCGGUUGAGCUUGUAGGUCCAAGGAGUGAGUUCUAGACAACCUGAUGCAAAUGAAGCUUGGUGUUUUCUAGGUUAGACAAGAUGGGGGUUUCUAUACCACUUGAAGGAAGUGUGCCAGUUUUGUAUUUUAAUGGCUCACAUGUGAUUUGUUGGCUAGAAUCAUCACAACCCUAAUGGCUCUGGUACCUCUCACUUGGGUCAGUCUACUAGUAAGAAAUAAUGGGUACUGUGAGUUUCCCUAAAGGUAACCUGCAACCUAGCCUCUGUUAUCAGAAGAGCCUUCAUGUCUGCCUAGAUCACCCGGAAAAUCCUGGAUUCCAGUGGCCAUUGCAAUACUGAUUGGAGAGGGGUUAUUAUGUAAAAAGUGAUGCUUGUUCAGAACAGUUUGAACAUUAUGAAUGUGGAGAGAUGGUAGACAAAGGAGAUGGUAGCCAAGAAAGGCAAUAAGCCAAUUUUGGCACGUAUUUCCCAGAAUUCUGCAGACAUGUGUGAGCUGUGUGAGAAUGCUUAUCAAGAUGACCUCCUGCUGAAAGCAGAUAUCUCUUGCUUGACAUGUAUUUGAAAAUCUUGUUCAAAUAAAUCUGAAUAUUUUUAAGACAGGCAGACUCCUAGUGCACGCUCCCCCCCUCCCCCCAGUUUCGUAGCUUCCUGAGUGCAAAUAGAAGCUUGUGCUGCAGAAGGUAUCACAGUGUCCCGAGUGAGAUGAGCAGGGCACAACUGGCACAGCAUAAGCAUAAUCAUGAGGAGAAGGAACGACAAAAGACGAGUAAGAAUGCAUCGCGAUACGGCUCCAUAAAAUUAUGCAUGUGGUGGAGAAAAUGGAUUGAGAGGUUUUCUUCUCUUGUGACUGGGUGGUGGUGGUGGUGGUGGGGUCUUCCAAUGAAGCCAAGCAGUGGAAGAUUUGGGACCGAAAAAAGGAAGCACUUCUUCACACAGCGCAUACUUAGAUAGCUUUAAAGUGGAUUAGAUAAAUUCAUGGGAAACAUCAGCAGGAGAGGACUGUCCUUGUGGGCUUCCCAUAAGCAUCUGGUUGGUCAGUGGGGAAAGAGGUGAUAAGACUAGAUAACCCUUUGGCUUCAUUUCAGAGGGCUUUUAUGUUAUGGCAAACUUGUCAAAAUGCAAAACUAGGAUUUGUAAUCUUUUUCUGCUUAGUGCUUUUCUCCCAUUACUGUAAAAAUAGAUCCAUGCGUACAUCCAAUGCUGAAUUGUUGGCACCCGUCUGGCUUGAGAGAAGUCAAACUGCUGAGUUAGUAUCACAAAGUGACUUCCCCAGGGCAUAAGUCCAGGCAGUGUGUGUGGAGGUUCUGGGCUGCCCAUACAACAAGACCCGUUCCCCCUUGCCCUCACUGAUGUAGUCUGAAGGAAAGCAGAGCAAUAUGUUUGGCACCAGCUUGGCUGCAGGAAUUGCCAGGAGGCAUACAAGGUGCCAUUGUACCAUCUUUGGGACCCCACUCUGGAUUUGUGCAAGGUUUACUUCUUAGCCUUUUCUUCUCCUGAAGAUAGCCUGCAAGGCAGUGGAGGUUUAGGAUCAGAGUUUUCCUUCUCCUAGAUGGGAUUCCUUCCCAGGUUGAUGAGCCCCAUCUGCUCCUACAUUCAGUGUUGAGUGCAUUCAUUAAAAAGGAAAAAACAACAACCCCAAAAGAUUAGACCGAUCAAAAUUCACAGGGGAUAUCAUGCCUUAUAGUCCUUUAUAUAGACAGUGAACUCAAUCUUCACUCAAUCUGUGUCUAGUUCUCCACCUUCAGGAUCUUUUUAGGAGCCGAAGAACAGUCCCUGAUUUGGUGCUGAAAACCUCUGAGGUGGGUGGGUGCCCCCUUCUGUUGCAGAUAGAGGGACUAUGCAUAGGGACUGUGCAUAGAGAUGGAGAGACCCUCUCCUGCUGUAUUUCCCACCCCCACCACACACAGAUAUAGUUUUCCAAAGCCAGACUCUGUUCAGGUUUUGACUUUGGAAAUAGAUAGGUGGAUAUGCUUGUAUUGGCCUCAGUUGUCCAAAACAAAAAAAAGUCAGCUGAACUGCAAGGCAAUGGUUGUGUAAUAAGAACCUCUAUCUGCUAUCAACUUUCCACCGCUUUCUGCAUUUAACAGAAGUGUCUCAAAAUCAAUGCUUCCAUCUUCCACCAACAAAGAAACAUUAGUUUCCUGGGGGGCUAUCCAGUGUUUUGUUUAGCACCACAUCCAUGACUCUCAGCUUACAGAGUGAAAGAAGUGUGUGUGUGCAAAAGUAAAACCUGAAGCACCAGCGCUGUUUAGCCACAUACAUUCUUAGGCUAUAUAGAACAAAAAAAUGAACUUUGGGCCAAUGCAGAUAUUAUGGCUUCAAUACCAAGGCAAUAUUCCUCCCUCCCCCCAGAUACCCCCUUCCGAUAUGUUUUGUUUAACAUCCUACAUGAUUAAAAGUUUGGGUGGACUUGAAUUUUUCCCCACAUUUUGUUUGGUGAUAAUAAAGAGGCUCUGGAAUUUUUCCAACUAAAAGUGGCAGUUUACCUCAUAGCUGUGCAAGCUGCCUCUUCUAUGGCCUAGCUUAUUUGGUGGGUUUUCUCUAUGAGAAAAAUGUUUUUGGCAUGCAGAGUUGAAAAAUGGGGCUCUAGGAGAUGACAUCACUGUUCCUGCUGUGAAAUAAAUGGCAGUCAUUUAUGGGGGCCCUUAAAGAUGUGAAAGCAAGUCAGGCAUAAAAUUUCACUCAGUUCUAUACAGUCGUACCUUGGAUCCCGAACGCCUUGCAACUUGAAUGCUUUGGCUCUUGAACGAAUGCCACAAACCCGGAAGUGAUUUGUGGUUUGUGAACAUUAUUUGGAAGCCAAAAGUCCAACAUGGCUUCUGCAGCUUCCAGUUGCAUGCAGGAAGCUUCUGCAGCCAAUUGGAAGCCACGCCUUGGUUGUCGAACAUUUCUGGAAGUUGGAUGGACUUCCGGAACGGAUUGCGUUCGACAACCAAGGUACCACUGUACAUAAAGCUUCAAUGAAAGUACGGAUAAAAGUAUCAUAAUGCAUGCAUUGUGGUCAAUUUUUAUUACAGCUGGAGUGGAAAAGAUUCAUAUAGCAUAUCAACACUACAACGCAAAUAUAUGAAUACAAGUUGUUGCCUCCACAUGUGAUGGAGAAACAGAGAAAGCCUACCCCCUUAAAAAGCAUGUUGUAUGGCAUCAUCAUGGGGGGGGGGUUAUAUGGUGAAUUGGUGAUAGCCAUUUCACUGAUAAAUAAUGGUACAGUGAUUAAUUAUUUAAGAGGCAAUUCCCAAGUACCCUAUGUAAUGAAAUGAACUUUUUGAGCCUUCUUGGAAGCAAAGUUCUCAAUCAGAUCAUUGUAAUGCAAACCUCUCCCAACAUUCAUCUGAAUUCAGUGCUAAUUCUAAUAGGUAUUCUUGAGGCAUAGAAGAGUGCGGGUAAUUUUAUCAAUUUCAGCUUUGAAAAUUACAUCUCACCAGAUGCAAUGAGAAUAAGUACUACACAUAAAUUGGGGUAAAUAUAUUGAAUAUUAUGUUUAUGGAUAAAUUGAAGGGCUGACAGACCUGCAUUAUUAUUAUUAUUCUGAGGUUGAUUAUAUAACUUAUAAAUUCUCUUGAUCUCAGUCAAUAACUCCGUUGAAUCAAUUCCCACUUGGGAGGCAGUGUCCUAGUGCCCACUGGAGAAACAUCUUUUCAGCCCUUUUCAAAGGCAUCAACUUUCAAUUUAGCCAACAAUUUAACAUCAAGUGUGAAUCCACACUUGUCUUUAAGCAGCACCAUUUGCUUACACUUGUCAUCUAGGUUAUUUCAUCAGCCUUCAGUUGAAAGACAAAUGCAUGAUUCAGGGACUCAGCAGGCCCUUGAGACAAAUGAUAAGAGAAACCAAGUCAUGAGAUAGCUUUCUCCAUUCUAAAAAGCUAGGGAGUGAUUUGAUCAUAAAAUUUAAAAUAGUCUUGCGUGGGGUCUUUUGGUGAGAGUAGUCCAUGUAUGGUAUAGGCUACCAGCCUUUUGGGACCCAGAGGCGUAUUUGGCAAUACACCCAAACCAGAGAAAAAGCAGGCGAAUCAAACACCAAAUGGGAAAAGCAUGUACCAGAAGCAUUCUGGGGAAAUGGAGAUAAGAGGGUGGGGUGACUGGAUGUCUUCACCUUUAUUUCUAGCCAGCCCAGUGCCAUCCAUUGUGGGGGGGGGGGACCUGGGAGGGGGCCUUGGCGGGUUGCAACGGUGGUGUCUGAAAGCACACCAUAUUACCCAUGGGACCCCAGAGGUAUGGCCUGUUUCAUAAAUGAACCUCCUCCCCCUGAAAUUUAUACUCCAAAUUUAGCUAGUAGGCUGCCAUGAUCACUAGUGUUGGUCACACUAGCCGCUGCUAUACAGAGAUCUGAGUCUUUACUAUCGCUGCUUUGAUAUAUAACCUGUUUCAUGGCUCCUUCUUUAGCAUAGAAAUGUGGCCUGACCUGAUUGGUAUAAGUGUAAUCUGUUGCUAGUAAAGAAAACUAGAUACAGUGGUACCUCGGGUUACAUACGCUUCAGGUUACAUACGCUUCAGGUUACAGACUCCGCUAACCCAGAAAUAGUACCUCGGGUUAAGAACUUUGCUUCAGGAUGAGAACAGAAAUUGUGCAGCAGCAGCGCGGCGGCAGCAGGAGGCCCCGUUAGCUAAAGUGAUGCUUCAGAUUAAGAACAGUUUCAGGUUAAGAACGGCCCUCCGGAACAAAUUAAGUACUUCUGUUCUCAUCCUGAAGCAAAGUUCUUAACCCGAGGUACUAUUUCUGGGUUAGGGGAGUCUGUAACCUCAAGCGUAUGUAACCCGAGGUACCACUGUACUGGAAAAUUUUUGAGAAAAGAGGGUUUGUGGAGGUAAAUUGUGACACUUUCCCAUGCCAUGAUGUAUGAAAUGAGAGCAUGAUCUAAGGAUAAAAACAUGGCUAGAAAGGAAUAUAUGCUUUGAUUUGUUUACAUUUGGAAUUUGAGCAUUUCCCCCAUGCUGUAAUUUUUAUUGUUCUAGAAAAAGGAGGAUGAAGGAGGUAAUGGCUAAUAACAGUACGACAAAUAUAUCUCAAGCAAGAAAAGCAGUGGAGCAGCUGAAAAUGGAGGCAUAUCUGGACAGGAUAAAGGUAAAUUUCAAACUGUUACUAUGUCUACAUAUAUUACAUCAUAAUAUAAUGUUUAUUCUUGGGGUGCAUAAAUAUUUGGUCAGCUUGUGGUGAAACAAAGGACACAUUUCUAGCAUUGACAGGAUGUACAUCUCAUGCCUGAAAAUCAGUUGGCUGUUGACUUGAGGAUCAGAUUACACCAAAAUGAUUUCUUCACGAGCUUUGUAGCCACCUCUCACUGUAGAUAAAUCUCGCUCUCUCUUGAUAAGGGCCAUCUCUCCUCUUAAUUCAGGAAAAGGUACAUUAUUUCCUUUCCCAAAGGAGUCAGUGUACUUAUUAAAUGUCAGACUUGAUGCAUUCUUUUCAGAGUACAAUUUACUUUUGCUACAUUGAACAAAAUAGGAUUCAGAGGCAUUCUAAAGCCUUGAUGGUCUUUACAUUUUCAGCUUGCUAUACAAAGGGCCUGCUUUCUGCAGUAAUAAAUUAAAUGGUGGUACAAGUUGAAUUCACAAUCAUCCAAUGGCAUUAAAAGCGAAACACAAAUGGCAAAUCUGCUGUUUUUUCCUUGUCAGAAACUGAAACUGGAUACCUUCAGCUACAAAGCAAAAGUAGCUUCUGAAAGCACCUCCAUAAGCACAUGUGUAUUGAAAGUGUUAAGACUGUGCCAAAGCAGAUUUUGCUUGAAGAUUUUGCUUGAAGUUAUAAAAGCAAGUGACUCUGCUUCUAAAGAUAAACAGGUCUAAUCCUGUUUGCUGCUUGAAUAGUAGAGGCCUAGGAACCAUUUGUAAGCCACUGUGCCUUCAUCAGAGGAAAAGUGAGGUAUAAGUGUAAAUACAUUAUUAGUCCACAAGAUGCAUCUUUGUUUUGGUGUGUGUGUGUGUGUGUGUGUGUGUGUGUGUGUGUGUGUGUCUUAAAGGAGAAGCUAUGAUCCAGAAACUCAUACGCCACUGUUAUUGUGAGAGUAUUUUUUUUUAAGGAAGAAGAUUAGUGAAAUUUUUAAUGAAUUAGACAAGAGUGAUAUAAAUCAUUUGUGUAACUAAAUGUCUGUGGCUAUCCAAUGGGUUGAUCUUGCUGCCUUCCAAUCAAGAAACACUGUUUUUUAUUACAAGUGACAGAUCACACACAGUUAUAUACAAUAGCUAUUGUGUUUUCUCUCUUCCCCUUUUUAAAAAGAGGCUGAGCAAAUAUCUCUAAAAUAAGUGUUGUGAGAUCAACAGUGGCGUUACGGAGAUGUUUGUGGAUGUGCUCAUUUUAGACAAAGCAAAAGCAGAGUGGGCGUUGUCACAAGAAUAGCAAUUAUGUCUGUCUUGUCAUGGAAGGUGACUGUAGUAAUUGCAGCAUUUUCUCUUGUCACUGAAUCUUAUAAUUAUAGUGUAUCUAACAGGAUUAUGUUCUAACUUGGGCUGCUUCUAAUCACCUCCUUUGCUCUGAAAUGUAAUGGUAAAAUUCCACAGUUCUCCUCAAGGCUGUUAACUCACGCUAAAAUCUCAAAUGUUUGAUAACUUGAGCCCCUGAGUAGUCAUUUUAUCUUGAGGAGGAGGUGGAGGAUGUGGUAAUAUAUAUGUAGUAUAUGAAAGAGGGCAGGAGAAGGAAGGAGUAUUACUUUCAGUUAAUGGAGAAGCAUGGAACUGGGAGGUGUCAAAGAUAAUUUUGCCCAUCCAUCUCCUUUAACUUUGAGACAUUCAUCACACGAAACUACCAUCUCUCAAAAGAUGAAUCUAUAAAACAGAAUAACUCAGUCUUUGAUUAUUUCAGAUUUUACUGGAAUAAAUGGAAGUUGUUAGAACCAAAGAGCAAGUAUCUGAAGGAUCAAUUAAGGAAGAUUUAGUGGUAGUUAUAUGCAGAUGUGAUUUCUGAUUUUAAAGUUUUACAUAGUUUUUGUUUGUAUGUAUGGUUUUUCAUUUCAUAUAUGGAUAGUAGUACAUAUAUAUUUUUUAUAAAUAACGUAAUAUUUAUCCUCAUGUCUUGGACAAGGAAGCUCAUUGCAAUAUACACUGAGCAAAAAGUGGAAGUUGCUUUGAGGGUUCUGUACUACAGUGGUACCUUGGGUUACAUACGCUUCAGGUUACAUACGCUUCAGGUUACAGACUCCGUUAACUCAGAAAUAGUACCUCAGGUUAAGAACUUUGCUACAGGAUGAGAACAGAAAUCAUGCUCCGGCGGUGCAGCAGCAGCAGGAGGCCCCAUUAGCUAAAGUGGUGCUUCAGGUUAAGAACGGACCUCCGGAACGAGUUAAGUACUUAACUCGAGGUACCACUGUACUGGUUUAGUCUUUAUCAAUAAGUAGGUUUAGCCCACAAUUGCUCUUCUGCAUUCACUGUGUAGUGAGGCAGGGAGGCCAGGAAACCAGCAGAAGCUAUGUCUGAGUGGUUCCAAGUUGUACUGUUACAUGAAGGAAAUGUUUCCCAAAUGAAAUUCAACUUACUCUGGUGUUGUAGAGGAUUACCGGUAGCUAGUUUCCUCCCACCCUGCUGCCUUUGUCCAUUUUCCUAUUGCACUAGGUCAUACCCAGGAGAGCUUUUUGGGACUUGGUGCAGUUCUGCUAGUUGCUAACUGGGUGUUAUAUCUGUGAUAAGGAACAAUGUGGAUAAUCUCAGAGCCACCACCCACUACAAAGACAUCACUGUCUAAAUCUAACCCAAGUCUAACACGCCAUUUAAACAAAGAUAAUGAUAGUCUUUAUAUAUUGUCCUCCUUCAUUUUGUUUCGUUUUAACCAGUUGAGAGUUCAAUGGAGCUCUUCUGAUUCUCCAGUCAACACUAUAAAACAUCUGAUAAAAGAUGCAGCAAGACAGCAAAUGAGCUGAACAUGUUCUUCACAUUAAAAAGUAAUUAUACACUUUCUACCGGUUCAGCCUGUGUGGGCACCAUUUUCAGGCACUGCCACAAUCGUGGAGAAGGCAAAUGAAUUAUCAUAAUGAACUACAGAAUAUGUAGGGUUGCUUUAUACAUUUACCAAAAAGCAACAUAUUUCUGGGUUUGCAAUGGCAUGCUGUGCCCCCAGGGCAUUCCUCAUUUGCCUAUUAAGAGGACCCUUCUUGCUACCCAGUGCCCAGGUUUGAGUAUAAAGACUAUGUGCUCUGAGGUGUGUUUUUGCUUUUAUUAGUGCAAAUCAGUACUCUGUGGAAAUAUUUCAACUGAUUCCAUUGGCCCUGUGGCAGCAGUGAUGAUGCUUAGGUUUCUGUCUCCCCCCUCCCUCGUUUUUUUGUUCUAAACCUUUCUAGGUAUCCAAGGCUGCGGCUGAUUUAUUGGCAUACUGCGAUGCUCACAUGGGAGAAGAUCCCCUUAUUAUUCCAGUGCCCACAUCUGAAAAUCCCUUCCGGGAGAAGAAGCUCUUGUGUACUAUUCUCUGA